CCGAAUCGAGACAUCUUUUGUUGACUAUGUAGUUUUGUGCCUGUGUUAUCAUUUCUAGGAGAUGGUUGGAAAGAGAAAUGCCUUUUUAAAAAUAUGUGUCUUCUAUUUUAGCUUUUCAGAAAAUACCUGGGGGAAACAACAAGGUUAUCCUAAAAUGUGAGCAGCAUUUCCAGUUUCGACGUCCGCUCUUUCAGGGAACUAUGGAUCGAAAUAAAAGAAACUCUAUUGCUGGGUUUCCCCCUCGCGUGGACCGCAUUGAGGACAGCGGUGGAGGAGAUAGUGGGAUUGUGCAACUUGGACGGGUCUAUCAGUCUUCAUACAAUGCCCUCAUCAGUGCCUUUUCUAGACUUACUAGGCUCGAUGACUUCACCUGUGAAAAAAUAGGUUCUGGAUUCUUCUCUGAAGUUUUUAAGGUAACAUUACUAAUUGGUGUGACAUUUAAAUUUUGUUGUUGUUGGUAUUGUAUAUCCGUAAUCAGAAUGUUCUCUUAACUUGCUGGAGACAUGUUCUGUGAUGUAGUACUGUCAGAUGUAGUGGGGCAGCUGUUUGUGUGUUUAAAAAUAAGUAAAUUAUAUUCAUCAUAGGUAACAGGCAGCUUAAAAAAAAGAAAAAAGAUUUAUAUUUGGUAAAAUAUGUCCAAGCACUACCCCCUCCCAAUUUAAUUUUAAUAAAUUUACCUGGUGCUUUCUAUAGUCUGUAGAGGGAGUUGGACAUCAGCCAACCAGUAGAAAUAAGGAUUUAGACUGCUCGUAUUAUCUGUACUAGAACAGGCUGUCUGUGCUUGGGAGGUGAGGGGGUUCCAGUUUUUCUUUAAAAUGUUUUUGUUCUUAUAAAAAUGUAUGUAUAGUGCAUCAAACCAUUUUGUUAAGGCACGAAUUGUGCCGUUACGCGUUAAAUAUUAAGAUCAAUGCUGCGUUUAUUAUCCCCUUAAGGUCUGGUCUUCACCUUGUCUAAAAGAAUCCUCUCCCUGAGGCUUUACAAGAAAUUGUAGUUUCACUAGAACGGGUCACUUGGCUGAACGCGCACACUCCUAAUUACACAUCUAGGACACACUGUUUAUCACCUGUCCCAUGCAUGCUGGGAAACACCAGUGAGGAGGGGCUGUGACAGCUGCUGGUUGUGUUGGCAUUGCAAUGUGUGCCCAGGGGGCAGGUGUAUGUAUGUGUGUGUGUGUGUGUAUGUGUAUAUAUAUAUAAUCUCUAUCCAAGAAGGUGGCAGCACUCACGGAAUAAAAGUUCUAAUUUUUAUUUGUUCAUAUUAAAAGUAAUCAACGUUUCAGUCCUCUAUGUGGGACUUUCUUCAGGAUCAAUAGGAUCCUGAAGAAAGUCCCACAUAGAGGACUGAAACGUUGAUUACUUUUAAUAUGAACAAAUAAAAAUUAGAACUUUUAUUCCGUGAGUGCUGCCACCUUCUUGGAUUUUUGGAUAACUAAGCCCAGGCUUAGCACGCGGCAAACAAGGGACUACUGUAGCGUGAGUGCAAGAGAUAUAUAUAUAUAUAUAUAUAUAUAUAUAUAUAUAUAGAUAUAGAUAUAGAUAUAUAUAGAUAUAGAUAUAGAUAUAGAUAUAGAUAUAGAUAUAUAUAGAUAUAGAUAUAUAUAGAUAUAGAUAUAUCUCUCUAUCUAUCCUUGCACUCAAGCUAUAAGGGUACAAAAUGUCAUUGCCGGGUGCCAGCCAAGGUUCAAAUAUCCCCCCGCCCCCACCCACACCCCCCCAAUAUUAUAUACUGGGCUGCCAGAUUCUGUCGUAUAAAAUUGCAGCUUUAUAAAGCUAAGCUCUAAAAAUACAUAUUGUUGGAACAUGUGACUUACUAAAGUACAUAUUUAAACAUUGAUUUGGCCUGUUUUCUGGGGGGACGGGUAAGCACAAUUUUAUGUGAAAAUUAGGUUAAGAUGUAUAACCUGAGAUCCCCACUUAAUUAAAGGCACAUACUGUGAACACGAACUCUACAGCUGAGUGUUGAGGCUGUGGGACAAAGUCUGUGUCUCUCACUGCUAUCCUGGUUGGAUAUCAUGAAGCAGACAUGUAGAGUGUCAAAUUGUUCCCAAAAAGUUUGACAAAAAAUGUAUGACAACACCCACAGUUUAUUUGCACCAUAACAACUACACUGAUCUCUUGUGGUUAUUGUGCAAAAUGUUUCUUAACUUGAGAAAUUCAAGUUAAAAUAAAAAAAGCUAGCUGGCAUGUCCAAUUUUAGGUGGCAUUUACCAGAUGCUGCUUGGUGCCAGUUAUAGUGUUACACCAGCCAAAAUGAUGGAGUUCUUUAAAAAAAAUUUAAAAAAAUGCUGUGAUUGGUCGUCAGUCUGCAGAAUUACACUGGAGUGCUCAUGGUAAUUCGGUAACCUUUUAAAAAUUAACUUUAAAAAAAUAAAUAAAAUUAAAAAUAGCAAAACAACCCAAACUCCAAGUUCUGAAAUUAUUUAAAUUCGUGUGGAUUAGAUGAAACUGGUGUGUUUGCUUGAAUUGAUGUGAAUGUUACAGGAUUUUUGCCGUCUGUGGAAAUUGUUCUCUGUUUAGGCAACAUGGGAAUUGUAGUUCUCACACAUCUGCAGCGACACGGUUACUGUCAGUGUUUUCCAGUGUCUGUUCUCCCAGGUGCGCUUAUUUUCCUUUCAUUCCCUCGCACACGGUUCAGUCUGGCUGCUCUCCUCUUCCUCAGAUGUUUGCUUUUCAUUACUUCCAAAUUCUGCAGCAAUAAAUAUUUUAUGACUCGACCAAGCAUUUCACAUUUAACUCUUUUUACUUGAGCUAUGUGGGGAAUAGCCAUGUUCAGGUGGAAGUGUGGUCUUGCUGUUAGGUUGCAAUUAACGUUUUAAGAAUAUCUUGGAACAUAUUCUAGAAUCUGCAGACAUCUUGGAAGGAAGAUAGCUUAAAUAUUAAUAGCUUUUUUUUUUUUUCUUUUACUUUGUAACCAAAUGUUGAGAAAUUUUAGCGGAUGUGGUUUUGCAAGCUGCAUGUCGCAACUUUGAUCUUCUUUUUAAAAGCGCAGCGGUAAUUUAUUAUUAAAUGUGGUUUAAGGACUGUCUCCACUUAUCUGGUUAGAGCAUAUAGAACAUAUAAGAGGCUGUAAUUACGAAGGGCUAGUUUAUUCCUUUUUCCACAGAAUCCGUCCACCUCUUCCUGGUUUGGACAGAUUGAAUAUUGCUCAGUAUCACCCCUUUCCAUGAUUUCCAGGAAGGUCAUGGCUUAUGCAAGAUUGCAGAACCCAUAAUUCCGAUGUAAAUAAACACAGAAUAUUUCAUUAUAAUGUAUUUUUAUUUUUUUAUUUUUUUGCCCAUUGAUUUGAUGAGUAUGAGUUUCGACAGAGUUUAAGCAUUAAUCUUAGAUGGCUAUUAAUAGGCUGUUUUUUUAUUUGUUGAUUACAGUGGGGAUUCUUGCUAUUAGUGCAGACCAGUCAUUGACACAAUGUGCAAAUGAUCAGGUUGUCCAGAAGUGUUGUUGAUUUAAAUUUACCUUUGGCUUUCCUCUGCCUCCGAAGAUGAUGGCUGCCGUAGAUGGUCCUGGAUUAAUUUCACAGUACCAAAUGCUUCAUGAAGACACAUUCACACUAAAUGCAUAAAGAAUAAACCGCGUGGGGUCACCCUGUCCACGAAGAAUUCUCUGUUAUUAUCUUGGCCAUGGGUAGUCGUGGUAGUCGAUCCAUAUAGAAGGUCCUCAGACACCAGACCCAGAAAUAUAAUUCUCAGUUUGCUUUCUGCAGUUCUGCAUGGUCCCAUACAAAGUUGACACCUCGGGUUUUGUUAACGUGCUACUUGUAUUAAAAUAUUACUCCUUGCCUUCUACCCCUAUGUUUUUGUUUUGCUAUUUUUGCCAUUAUUCUAGUAUUGCACUGGAUAUUUUUGUAACAUUGAAAGAAUUUGCACACAGCUGUCCUUCUACCUGUUUAAAGAUUGCUUUCCCAGCCCUCAUGAUGCAUACGUUUCCUGACUUCACAGACAGAAUGAAAGAAUUUGCCACCCGUGUUCCUUAUAGCUGGUGACUACAAUAAUCUCUAAUAAUUUACAUGUAUCAUUCUCUGUUUUGGGUUUAAAGUUGUUGUUUUUUGUUGUUUCCCCACUAGCAUGUGGCAAGUGAAUAUAUAUUCCCGGUGAGCAUGCUAUGGCUUGCAGUGGCUAAUAGCAUUUCAGAUCGGACUAGUAGCAAAUGCCUUCAAAUAUUAAGCCCUGUUGUCAGCCUGUGUAAGGUUAUAGUAAAGUGUACGCACGCCCCAUUCUUGUGUCCCAGCAGUUCUUUCUAUCCACCCCAAUUCCCUUCUUUUCAGAUAUUGUUUGAGGAUCAUUCUGGAUAGUGUGAUCAUUUAACUAUCUUUGUCAGAAUAGUAUUUAGAAACAUAGAAUGUGACGGCAGAUAAGAACCAUUCGGCCCAUCUAGUCUGCCCAAUUUUCUAAAUAUUUUCAUUAGUCCCUAGCCUUAUCUUAUAGUUAGGAUAGCCUUAUGCCUCUCCCACGCAUGCUUAAACUCCUUUACUGUGUUCCCAUAAUACUGUAAUAGAAGUAUAGUAGAAACAUUUUGUUUAUCUUGUAUAUCAGGAUUUUUUUAUAUAUAUAUUUUUUUUACUCUGUUCACAGCAGCAAGCAGUAUGUGACUGUAAAAAAAAAAUAAAAAAAAAUAUGUAUGACAAACCACGAAGUUACCAAUGUGCCCAUAAUGGGUUCAUAAAAUACACGUGCAAAAUGCUUAAAUGCGUUUAAGCUUGGCAAGAUGUCUAUUGAACCUCCAUUUUAAGAGCCUGCUUUAAUCACGUAGGAGUUAACAUGACCAGAACUGAAACAGAAAAACUGGUAUUGGAGCAUGAACUUCCUGAUUCGUGAAAUAUUAAGAGAUAAAGAAAUCGGCACAAAAUCUAUUGUACCAUCCCACAUUCUCUGGUCUCAAUCCCAGAAUGCUAUGCAUCCGUUGCACUAGUUGGCAUACCCAUAGUUUUUAUAAAACUACACUCAGCUGAGAGUCCUAAACUAGAUUCUUCAGUGAUAAAUCCUAUGUGAUGGGUAUGUUAGCCAACAUCUUGCCAAACACAGUAUGCAAAUGAAAAGUACCAGCAUGCCGUGCACCUUGCCGUCUAUCAAUUUAUUUGUCUAAAAGAUCCUAUGUCAGACUUUCCUUGGAACUUUGUGCCCAUACUGUAUGAGAUUGUUGUACUGCAGUUCCCUCUGGCCCACAAACAUGAUUCUACAGGUCUUCUGUAUUUACAUGACUGAUUUAAUAAAGGUUCUGUUCAAUCCACUGUCACAUUGUCCCCCGCAGGCACUACUUGUCAGCAGAUUUAAUUGAGUUUUGUCUGCCCUGCCAAAAAUGUUUAGUAUAGUGGCACCAAGUGUUCAGAUUCCCUUCGCUUUCAGUGUGACUAUAUGUUGUCUCUGCUUGGCUUAUCUGCCGCAGUUUUAUUUAGUCAUUUAUGGGUUUUUAAGAUGGGGCGUGGAGGGAAGAGAAGUCCUUUUGUUUUCAACAGCUCUAAUUUUUAAAUGCUUGUUAAAUGAUACAUUGUUUUUACCAGGAAAUCUACAGAGCGAUUUCCAUUUUUUUAAAUGUAGGUUUAGAGUGUUUACACCACAAUGACAUUGUGACGUCUUGAACUUUAUAUACUUUAUAAACAAAAUAGCUGCAGCAGUGAUUACCGAUUUCAAGGAGGUUACAGCUGCAGAGCUCUUAGACGAUAGUUUGGCCUACUUCCUGGUUACUAGUGGAGUAAAAGUAGGUUUGGGAAACUGGAAUGAGCUUGUGGGUCGUAGGAACUGUAACUGUUCUGCUCGGGUAGUGCGAUUUAUGAGAUGGUGGGAGCUGCAGCGAGGUCUUUAUAUAAUCUUAAUGAUUCCUUAAUAGUGAUGGGCACUGUAAUUAGAAUUACAGUAAAGGACAAAGAGGAAUAGUGCUCUUAUAAGGACAGAUUUGUUACGCAAAUGAACAUAUUAUGUUGUUAGUGCCUGGUAUUAGCAAUUAUUGCAUAAUCUGUUUUCUAACCAGGGGGAUUUAACCUACUCAUGACAAAAGGUUAGACAAAUCCUCACUAAUUAUGGCACGUCCUUUGUCACAACGGGGUUAAGCUGUACUGAGAGAAAUGGUGCUCACUUUUUACGGUGUAUGUAUGAUGCAUGUUUAUCAGUACAUUCGUGGAGCUAUAUAUACUAUAAAGUGAUCUUCCCUCUGUGCCAGGUCUCGGCCUCUGAUAAUAUCACCUGCCAGUCACAUCCAAUCUCUGUGUACUCGCUGAGUUAUUUAAGGUGCUUAAGCUCCUGCUGUUGGGUUUAUUUAGCUCUGCGGAGUGGGUGGGGGGUGUAGAGGAUGUGGAGAAUUCGGAGGUAUGGCUUGAUUUUGUCUAUGGGCAGGAUCCUAUAUAGCAAAGCUUGAUUUCCCAGUGAUCUAACAGCAAGGAAAUCUAGUAAUAGCAUACAUUAAUCAUGUAUAUUUUUGUGCCCCCCCUUCAGCCACUUACCUUAAUCCACCGCCAGGCUCCCUCAGCGAUGGGGACCUCUCCUCCCCCUGCCGAUGUCAGCUCCCGAGUGGAGCCGCGUGCGCAUUCAAACCACCCAUAUGAAAGCAUUCUCAAUGCUUUCCUAUGGGGUUCUGAACUCGCGCUGCGUGAGUUCAAUGUGAUUUUCACACUGAGAAUCGCGGAAGCGUCUCUAGUGGCUGUCAGGGAGACAGCCACUAGAGGCUGGAGUAACCCUGCAAUGUAAACAGAGCAGUUUAUCUGAUUGCUAUGUUUACAGCUGCAGGGUUAAAACUAGGGGACCUGGCACCCAGACCACUUCAUUGAGCUGAAGUGGUCUGGGUGCCUAUAGUGCAGGGCUUAACAAAUUUGUUUGGAAUCUAGGAGCCAGCUAAAAAAGUUAGUAUUUUUUUUUUUUUUUUUAAGGAACACUAUAGCCGUCCGCCUCCAUGAAGCCCAGGGCGGCCGGUUACAAUGCUCACUGAGCCGGCAGCCUACAUGCUCCUGCAGGUGGACGGCCGGCUCCAUUAUUUGCCGGGCGUUUUAGAUAAAAAGCUGACAAAACCCAGGCAGCAGGGCAAAACUUUUAUUCGCCAUGGCGACCUGGCGCCUGAGACCUGUCGAGUCCUGCUAUAGUGGUCCUUUAAUGGACACUUUUUCAGCCAAUAUAAUUUAGUAAUAUUGGUUAGGAAAUACUCACCAUAAAGUAUAAACUAAGAAAAUCAGAACCAGUAGGGGUUAAACUGUUAACGAAAUUCAGUCUGCGGCAGAAGCAAUAGUGUUACAAUGCUUUUAUACUGAUAUAUUUACAGUGUUAAUAUAUUGGUGCUCCCUAUAUAUUUUAUUACAUUUUUUAUCUUAUUUUUUUAACUCCAGGCACCCUUCCAAAAAAUGAGAUGUGCAGUUUAUGUAAAAUGUCUUUCUCAGUUAUUGAAUGGAUGCUUUGUCGGAGACAAGUUCCAUAGGACUGUGUUGUAAUAUUUUAUGUUAAGCCUGUCUCUGGUUCUUAAGUGACUUUUGAUUUUGGGGUAAAAGAAAAAAAAAAAAAAAAUUCCAUGCAUUGCGUAGAACAACAUUUAACAACGAAUUCUUGGAUGUUUAAUGUCUUUUAUACAUGUAAUUAAAUGCUUGAUAUCUGUACAUCCGAGAACAUUCCGCAGUCCUGGCGUGGAGAUCCUGAAUAUAUACUUUUCACAGAUGCCAUUCUAUAUUGUAAAAAAAUGAAAGUUAAAGGUGUGUGAUUUGAUGGUCUUUAUUUAGUGAUUGCUAGUGUUUGCGUCAAACCUCUCUCUAUAAGAGGAGCACGUCUGUCUCUAAUAUUCAGCAGCUACGGAGAAGAGAACAUUUGGAAUUCUCCUUACUGGUUUUUCAAGGCUGACAUGUGGAAAAUGUUUUUCGUUGAACAGUUUUAAAAAUUACUAUUUUACUUCGUUAUUAAUUAUUUUUUUUGUCUCGUUAAAAAAAAAUUUUAAUUUUUUUUUUUUUUUUUAAUUCUUUAUUUUUGUUCGUGCAUAGAAUGACAGUUAGGUCUGUUACUUCACAACAGCGGUAAGAGACCGGUAUACAACAGCUGGUAUCAUGGCAUAGGAAAUACUGUGCACAAUUUUUAGUUUUUGCGGUUAGAUACAUGUUGGAACGAUAUGCAGUUAUGAUUAAGUUUGCUUAGAGGUUAAUAAGGUUACAUUGUGUAGUCUAACAUUGGAACAGGUAAAAAUAAUUAUACAACAUUCUAGGAUUAAUGCAUAUUGUCUUUUAUACAUAACACAGCCGUAGUGGUGAGAGAUGUAUGCACUGUGUGUUUAUGGUGGGUUAUCGGAGGCUGGGUUGUAUUAGUGCAGGUAGGGUGGUGUGUUCUUCUGGGCGGGACUGUUAUAGAUUAUUUCUAUGUGUUGAGGCAUAUCUACCGUGUGAUUACAUUGCUUGGGGGUGCGCGUAAUGCCUGCUAGUUGGCAAGUUAAGAGGGGCCUUCAUGGUCAUGUGCGCGGAGGUCAGCGCUCGCAAGAGGGGAGCCAGGUAGAGGCUAAAUGUCAGCUCCUGGUUACUGGGCGGGUAGGUUAGGUUGGGGUGCCUGUGUGGCGUCAGGAAUGCAAAGGGGAGCUCGGCAUCUUCCCAGUGAGACCACCCAUAGUGGGUCUUAGUGUUAUCGGGUGAUGUGCAUGUGUCGGUGGGUUAAGGAGUGCGGCCAUCCGCAAAGCAGGGUGUUAGCUCACCCGGGAGCAGCAGUCCAAGGUGAGAUCAUUAUGUUAGGGUAGAGUCCCGGCAAGGUAAGUUAUAGUCCUGAUAUUUCAAUAUUGUCAGGUGGUGGCUGCUUCUUUAGGUACACCGGUGUGUCUUCUAGGGAUGAAUUCUGCAGCGCCGGCCAUGUUCCAAGUCGGUGGGUUCGCAUGCCUACCCUUUGGUGUCGGUAGGGCCGGUAAGUCCGGUGGGAGAUUCAGCUGUCUUAGUGUCGCCGGUGCCUCCUGCAUGCUGCGCACUGUGAGUGUGGUGUCGCCCUUGGUGACCAGUAGAGUAUGAGCCGGGCCCCAGCGGUACCUGAUGUGUUGUGCUCGCAGGAGGGAAGUCAGUUGUUGCAGGGACCUCCUCCAGGCCAAUGUUGCCCCCGAGAUUUCAGGGUAGAAGGUGAGAGCCAUAUCUUCAAAGUGGUAGGCUGGUUGAUCUCUGGUGGCUGCUAAUACUGCGGCUCUAUCCUUGUAGGUUUGGAACUGCAGGACGACAUCUCUCGUAGCUGUAGCUGGGGCCCCGGUGGGCUUUGGAAUGCGAAAUAUUCCGUUUAUUGACACCGCUUUGGCAACUCUCUGGGUUAGUAGAGCCGUAAGGAGCCGCCUAGUAACGUGGGGUAGUUCAGCAUCCGGAAUAUUGUCGGUGAUGCCCCUAACCUUAAGGUGCUUUAGGCGGCGUUUGUCUUCAAGUGCGGCAAAUCGGAGGUCGUUCUGCCCAGCUAGCUGUUUCAACUCCUGAACCUCCUGUUGCAGCGUUUGUAUGUGGCCGGUUUGGGUGGUCAUGGUGUUUUCCACGGUCCCGAUCCGUCCGGUAAGACCCUGUAAUGUGUCUCUAAUCAAGGCGACAUCCGCCGCAAUCUUUUUGUGAUGUUCCGCCAUAAGAUCUCUAAUGGCUUCCAUGCUCACCGGCGUGGGGGCCAUACGGCAGGGGUUGCGUUGGGGGUUGCAUUCGAGCUGGUGAUGGCUGAAGCUCCCCUUCACCCUCAUCCGACGUCUCUUCAUAGAAAUCAGAGCACCCGCCGUGUAGGGACGCCAUAUUGGAGCCUGUGGCGCCUCGGGCUUGCCGCCAUAACUCGCUGAUAUCCAUGCCCCUCGUGGGUCUUUCGGGUUUGAGUUUUUUGGUUUUUCGCCCCAUUGGGCUCGGCUGUGCGCUGGGCUCACCCUGGGGUGAGUGUGGCACUUGUAAGGGGGUUAGAAGUGGGUUCUUCCCCGUGUCGCGGCCCGGAGCUCAGAGAGCAGGCGACCGUUCUCUUCAAUCGUUCGAAUUAUUCCAUCUUGUCUCGUUAAAUUUAUCACUCUGUAACAUGUAUUGUCUUUGGUUCAUUUGAACUGAAAAGUCAAUACAGUAUUGUCCGGUUUGUAUCAAAGUGUUUUUUGUUUUUGUGUUUUUUUUCUUUGCACAAUGCUCUCUGGAGCGCUCUUGGUUCUAAGUGACGUUGCCUUUUUGAUUUAUGAAAAAGUGUUUUUUUGUGUGUCUUUCUAGCUUUCAGUCUCUCUGAAUGAUCUUGCCAUCCUUGGCAGAAGUGUUUGAACAUAUCUUUUUAUUUUUUGGGCUGUGUAAAUCCAUAAAAAGGCAUUGAUCAGCAACUGUUGCGUCAGCACAGGUCCUUGGAUUGAAGCUUCUAAAUGUUGCAUAAUCUGUUUAACUCCUUACUCCUCUGCAGAAUACUCUAUAAAGUUCUCCAGCAAGUGACAUCUCUGUCACUUGUUAAUCACAGCAUUUCUGAGGUUCAUAGGUUAUUUGGAUAAGGGGAUAGGCUACAAGGGGGUGGCUUAUGUUGCAAGGCUGGUGUGAAAAUGAACUUUGUUUUAGGUUGGUUGCUCUCUGUAUAGGUGUUUAACUGUUUAAUCGAUGUAAAAUGUGUUUUAAAGUUAACCUCUGCCACUAUAACAACUUCAUCCGACUGAAAUUAUGGUAAAAGGUGGUCCCUGUUAAAAAACAGAAAACUGUUUAACUCCAAAGUCUUGAAUCACUGCUGUUGAGCUCUGCCCCUCUCCUUCUGCUUCUGAGAUUCUAAAACCAGGAAGCCAUGGACUACCGCGGACAGGGCUGCUCUAAGCUAAUCAGUAGCUUCCUAUUCACAAAGUGGCUUGAGAAACAUGCAUUUCCUUACCAGGUCAUUCUUGAGAAACCCCUAAAGGUUUUGAUGAAGUUAAGAUGCCCGGUGUGUUCCUUUAAAGAGAAUUGCAGUUAAUUCCUAGCUCUACAUCAUUUCUUACUAGAUCUUGAACAUGAACAAUGUUAUUCACCAACGUGACAAUUCAAAGUAAAGUUCAAAUUUAAGCCUAAAGUAACCAAACUGGGAGCAUAGCUAACUUAGAGAUUUUUUUUUUUUCUAGUUUAUACGUUUUGACAUUAACGAAGCACUCUAGACCCUUAAAUCACUUUAGCUUGCUGAAGUGCUUUUUGUGCAAAGAGUCUCUUUUUUUUUUCAUUUUACAAAAAUGGCAGAUUUCAGUAGAAAUUGACACUUUUAUAAAUGAACCUGGUUACACCCCCUUGCCUCACAAGCAGAUAACAAGUCUUGUUACUUUCUGGAUUGGUUAGCUCAGUGAAGCUAAACACAAGAGGCAGUAAUUGCUCAGAGCACCUGCCUUGCAAAUACUUCUCAUUGAGGUCCAUUGUAAAGUCUGUGAUUGGACAGCCACAGAAGGUCUGAGCUGACAUCUAGCCCAAUUUUAAAAGGUUCGUUGAACACACGUUACAAAUCAGUUUUGUGUUUGUAUGUAACUUGUAUUUUAAAGGUCUAAUUCAGGGAUGGACAGAGAAGUUAGACCCAGCUGGGGGCCUGUCUGUUGGUCAAGUCUCAUCUUAUUUAUUUAUACAUUUCUCGGAUGAUAGUGCUGUGAAUAUUUCUCCUGCUGGGGUAGCUAGGGCACAGGUUUCAUUUUCUGCUUUACCAACUCAGGCUUUCGUGCUUCCAAGGUUAAUACAAUGAUUACCUUUAAUUGGAGUCAUUACAUCCUGGCCUAAGGACAUACUUGAAAACUAGUGACAGUCAAAAUGUACAUUUCCUAGUUAAAUACUUCGGUGGUCUAUAUACUGUGUUCCAGUAAAAGGCAGUCAGGCUGUUAGUGUAUUCAGAUAUUAAACGUUUUUUAUUUUAUUUUCUGAAGGUACGGCAUCGGACAUCUGGCCAAGUCAUGGCUCUGAAGAUGAACAAGCUGAGCAGUAACAGAGCGAACAUGCUGAAAGAAGUGCAACUCAUGAACCGCCUGUCUCACCCCAACAUUUUGAGGUAUGGUUUGUGGCUGGGGCUGAGCUGUCACUGGGCUGUGUAAAGCAGCUGACUUUACGUGAGCUGCAGCAAUCGGUUUACUUUCCUAUCUUACCUCUGUGCUAGCGUGACAUCUGUAAUCACUUGCAAAUUACUGUCAUCAUGUAACAAUGAGAGACACAAUAGACAUUUUAAUUAUUCUGCAUACAGUUCCCUGUUUUGAAGCAGUUAUGUUAAUUCCUUUUUCUACUUUUGAUAAUUAUUUUCUUCACACUUGACUUUUGUUAUGGUCUCAUUUAUGUAUGUAUGGUUUUUUUUGUUGUUUUUUUUUUAGGGGGGAAAGGAGGGCUAUCCUAGUCCGCACCACUGAGAUCUCCCCUGUGUCCUCACUCAUUGUUAAAGAACACUGUAGGGGGGGCCUAUUAACUGUAUAGUGCCAGGAAAUUGGCAUUGUUUUCCUGGCACUAUAGGAUCGCUUUAAUGGAAAUAUGUUCAUAUUUCUUUUAAAGAUCUUGUUUGCUGCUGUGAUUUAUUUUUUUAUUUUUUUGGAAUAAAUGGAGAACUGCUUAUUAUUGUGAUUUUUUUUUAGAAACUAACAUUUAGGUAACCCAUAAUUAAUUAGGAUUUGGGGGAAUUCAGAUUAUUCCUAUUUUGAUGCUUGUCUUCUGUUACCUGUAAACUUUUCAAAACCAAGAAUAAUUAUCCUGCUACCGAGUGUGUUUUUUUUUUUUUUUUUUUUCUUGCGGUGGGAUUAAUUCUUAGGUCAUCAAUACAUUUAUUAAAAGUAAUUUGGACUUUCCAAAUGACUGCCAAUAAUGAGUCACAAAUAAUUUGGUGCCGUUUACAGACAGGUUUCCAUUUUGCGUAGUUCCUUACCCUGCCAUCGUGGUAAAUGUUUGGGUAACUUGUGGUUUUGGGAGUAGGCCUCUUUGUGGCUUUGUUCUGUUGUUAAAGGGACCUUCCACUACCCCAUAAAAACAGGUAUUUUUUCCAUUGGGGGUGUAUUUAAAAAAAAAAAAAAAAAAAGCUUGCAAAUCUAUUGGCUUUGUCUGCUGCCUUUCCCCGCCCAGACUUUCUGUGGCUGUCCAAUCACAGACUUCCCAAUGUAGCUCAAUGAGAAGUCUUUGCAAGGCAGGUGCUCUGGGCAAUUGCUGCCUCUUGAGUUUAUCUACACUGAGCUAAACAAACCAGGAAGUAAAAGGACCUGUUGUUUGAUUGACAGCCAGGGGGUGUAACAAGGUUAAUUUGAUAAAACCUCUGAUUUUUUUUAAACCUAAAAAAAAAACCACUCUACACACAUAAAGCACGUCAGCAAACUACAGUGCAUUAAUGGUCUGGAGUGUUUCAUUAAGUACUCUGAAGCCUUGUCUGGUAUUUCUUAAAGGGUCACUCUAAGCAUCCACAUAAUUUGUUUUAAUUGCAAAAAGUAUGGUAGACAGAGCAUCGUGCACCCGCUUUCAGAUGUGAGUGGCUUAGAACUGCAACCACUCGUAAAAAUCUCCCCAAUAAGAAUGCCUCUCAAAGUUGUCAGUCGGGCACCUGGAAUGCAUUGUUCUGACUGCCCAGUGUCAGGUUUUGCAUGUCUGCAGUUCGUGCACACAACCUGGGCUGAGCUUUCUCUCCUCCCUAGAUAGAGCAAACCAAACCGAGGGCUGCACAUAAACAAAGUUUAGAGUUGUGGACUCCAUGAUCAGCACAAAGAUUUCUUAAUGAUUUUUCCUUAUCUUACCUACUCUGAAAUCUUCCUAGCUGGACUAUUGCCACUUCCAGACAAAUCAUCCAAGCUGGAAAGCAAACCGUGGCAAAUAAAGAAUUAAAGUACGCUGUCAUGCUAGAAUAAAUGGUGCUGGUUUAGAAAUGAUUGAUCAUAUUUCUUGAUUCAAUCCACCAUUGCAUUUAAACGGGCAGCAACCAACACUUACAGGGACACUAUAGGCACUCAGACCACUUCGACUCAUUGAAGUCGACUGGGUGCGUAUUUCCAGGUCCUUUAACCCGGCAAUGAUAAUUAUUGCAGUUUUUAAAGAAGGUGCGUUCUAUCUUUAACGGGACACGCCACCUAAAUGGACAUUUUAACACUAUAGGGUAAGGAAUAUGUUUUGCCCCUUUAAGAGCUCUUUCACUCAUCAAGUUUCUCUUUGAGGAUUCCUUAUACCAUAGAGCUCUGCUGUACUGAAGUUUAUGGGAUAAGCAUAGAUGCCAUAGCGGGAAUGGAAAUUCUAGUGAUUGGAUUUUUUUUUGUGGUUAGGGAGGCCCAUACAUAUACAGUGAUUUAGCUACCAUCUUUCAUAAAUGUCUUGUAUGUAUUGUAAUACUUUGUUUAAUGGAUUCUGUGUAUAAUGCAUUUAAAUGAACGCUUUAGUGUUAGGAAUACGAACAUACCAUUCUCGUUCACAUCCAAAAUUUGCAUCAUGUCAUGUGACGUUUCAGGGAGAUAUCUGUAUCUAUCCCAUUAAAAGGGCAUGAUCACUAAAAACAGAUUAUUAUUGGAGCAAAUGGCAAGCUAAGUGACCAGGUAAAGUGUGUCCGAAAGAUUUGUCCUCUUUUAUUGGGCCCCUCUAGACUCCUCCAUUUAAUGACUUGACUUCUUUAAAAAAAGAUUUCUGUGUAAAUGUUUUCUUAUGCAAUCAGCCCAGCCUCCCUUGUGUGCAACUCUGCUUCAUCGAAUGUCUUUCCAUUGCCUGCCUUAUUGCCCUCUAUAGAAUAUUCCUCCAGAUUGGAUUAAUAAAAUUCACCAAUACCUAAGCCUGCAUUCUUUUUAUGUGCAGUGAUACAGCCUAUACAAAUGAUAUUUUAUCCAGUUUGCUAGUUGUAUUUUAAGUGUGAGUCUCCAGAUAUUCUCUGUCAAACAAAGCAAUUUCUUGGCAAAGGGAGAAUUCUCCUUAACUCUCACUGUACUGCCGAGGAACGCUGCUAAUAAAAUGCAGAUUAUCUGUUAAAUCCAUUACCUGGCAGCCUGCCUGCCAAAUGGGAAGCAUUUUGUUAAACGGCCAGGUCUGUGCAGGAGCCGGCAUAGCUUGCUGCAAAACUUUCACUCUGUUUAUUUUACUGGCUUUACAGAAGGUGUGUAUAGAGAGAUAGUGGUGGCACCUUAUCGAGACUGUUGUUGUGGUGAAUUAUUUGGAUUUUUCAUUCUCAACUCCUUAAAAACAAGUGACGUUCUGAGCAGUCAUGGCUACUAAGUUUACUGUUGUAAAACAUCUACAGGAAUACGAUAUAAGGCAUGUCCCCUGCAGCUUCCAUCAUCUCCUUUCUCCAGCUCUUGACACGUCAUUCACCAGGAACCCGCAUCAGUGCUGUACUCUUAUGCAUACAAGAUGUCUAUGGAGGAUACCACUCAACUGCAGGAACCUCCAGAGAUUUUAUUUUGCAAUGAGCAAGGCAAUGCCUUGUUCCUACAGCUAUUGCUAACGAUGGGCGAGGAAGUGACAAAACUUGAUAGUGGUAGUUACGCCUUUUGUCAAAUGUUUCCUAGAUCAAGCCACCUCAAUGUAUAAUAGACUGAAUGCAGUGUUUAAGUCAUCCUUUAAGUGUCAGCAUUAAAUCUACGAUUCCCAUUUGGAUAAUAAUUAGAACUAGUACAUGAUAUAUGCAUACUUCUCGGGUACAACUCCAAGGAAAUAUGUUUUAGACCAUUGAUAAUGAGAAAAACGGGUGUACCUUGGAAAAUAUUCUCAUUGCAGCGCUCCUUGUGCAAUAACAGACUGGGAUUCAUAGUCCUAGAUUAUCAAAUAUGUUGUGCCCUAUAACGUGUGUGACGGAACGCUGGCACUCCGACUGAGUACCUAUGCCAAUCGAUGCGCCUAGUGCUCGCUGAGGACUCCAAGCACUCCAACCGACACCUUCAGCACUGCAGACCCCACUUCCAGCGAUGCAGCUGCGCCGGGGUCUCGCUGUCUCCACCCAACCUGGACCCAAAGCCAGGAUCCAGCUUCCAGUGGGUGAACCUCUCUUUCCCCAGAGAGUAGGAACAGGAACAAGCUCUUAGCAGAGCUUAGUGAUCAUACCCUGGGGAGUAUAGUGAUUAUAGCAAUCCCCAGAGUGUAGUUCUCCAAUCCCCCAAACAUGAGCCAAGGCUUCAAGAAAGGUACAAGAUGAUCUGAUUUUUAAUGACCACACACUGGCUUUUAUGCAAGUCCCCAUGGAAGGGGACAUCCCACAGGGUGGGACACAGUACAACCAAUCACAGACAAUACAAACAAAACACUUCCACAGUGGCAUCACAAUCCCUCCUCUCUAUCUUGGAGAUAAUUGGGAAGUAAUCAAAUUAUCUCCCAGGACAGAGGCAAGACUCCAUUAACCACAUGGUUACAAAAAGACAUAAAAUUACACAAUGUUACAAUUACUACAUAAAACAUAUACAUGCAUAUCCCCAGAUAGCUUAGAUCUGAUUGCACAUUAUUAUUGAAUGGCGCUCAGAUCACAUACAUACAAUUCAGUCGCCAUGGAGCCAAAGUCUUUUGCAUAGUCUUUCGUUACACGAAUUGGCUUCACGGCAUAGCUAUCUGGGGUAGCACUACUCACAUACUGAAAGUCCCGAACAACCCGGCAGGAAUACCCAAAUAAACCUUAUUGCAGGGUAAAAUACAGCUAUCAGCACAGGGGCCAUAGUCGGAAGGCAGGAGGCUAGCCAGUAGUCCCCUCCAAGCACAAGUGGCGAAGGGCAUUUCGUCACAACGUGAAACCAAGUCCUUGGCAAGACUGGAAAAAAGGAUAUUAGGCAUAUUUUUGAACUUAACAAAAAUUAAAAGGCAUGUAAAACCAAAAAUAGCAAAGAUAUUUUAAAUAAAAAUAUCCAGAAUAUCAUAAUUACAAGAAUGUUUGUUUAUAAAAUAUGCAUGUUCACAAAUCUAGAAUUACCCCAGCUGAAAAUAGCCCCUGUCCAAUAGUUACAGUGUAUCCUCGGACAUUGUGUCGCGCAGUCCUUACAGUGUAUCCUCGGACAUUGUGUCGCGCAGUCCUUACAGUGUAUCCUCGGACAUUGUGUCGCGCAGUCCUUACAGUGUAUCCUCGGACAUUGUGUCGCGCAGUCCUUACAAUGUAUCCUCGGACAUUGUGUCGCAGUGUAUCCCGCAAAACCAGUACGGUACAUACUUUUAAGUUUAAAAAUCCUCUAAAAUUACGUUUAUGGUCCCAUUUUGAACUGAUGCCAUUUGGUUCAUAGGCUUGAACAGUAACUAUCAGAUUCACCCCCCAUUUUUUUUUUUUUUUUUAAAUUAACUUUUCUUUUUUUUCAUCUUGUUAGGAGCAACCCCCUUUUUAAUUUUUUUAAUGACAUUAACGGUAACUAAUGCUUCUCCUAGAGAUGCACUGGAUUCAGCGCUGCGAUGGAAUAAAGGUGAGUUUUACGGCUUUUUUAAGGGGGGGGUAAGGGGGCCACUUAAAUAGUGUUUUUUAUAGACUCAGCAGUUACACAUUUGUAUUUGACCAUAUAGUGUUCCUUUAAAGAUCCAUUUGAUUGGUUUAAAACCUGCUACAUUUUUUUGGUUUUACAUACUGUCUGGUUUUUAUUGUAUCUUUUUCUCGAGCCAUGUAAAUGAUUUAAUUCUUCUUUUCCUUUGUUACUCCUUUGCUGAUUCAGAUAAUCUAAUAUAUAAACCUUUUUAUGCAAGCUAUUUCAGUGUGGACUUGAUACUGCUUAUGAAUGAUAGUCGCCUCUAUGUGGUAUGAAAGUUUUGCUUGUUUUAAUUAAGUGGAAAAUAUAUUGGAUGUUUUAAUUCUUGCUGUGUGAUGCUGUAUAGCUUGCUAACCCACCUGUGAUAGCUUUAUUCCUUGUGCAUAAACCUGUAUUGGAUUACUCGCUAUCGUAGUAGAUGAGAUUAGCCUUGGUAACCAUUUCCAUAAGUGUUUCUCUGUCGUUAAACUUGGCACUGUCCCAUUGCAACUUGUUUGUUGUACUUUUUCAGAAUGUUUACACAUUUGGCCCAUACAUUCAUAUACUGUCACAGUGGUUAUCAGAAAUGGCGCUGAAAUAAACUUACAUUUCCCAAAAUUCAUACCCGAUAUAAGACAGACCACGAAAAUGAUUACCGUACCCGUUGUCAUUGUGUUUUCUUAUUCUGGAUGUUAAACAGGCACAUUGGUACCCAUAUGGACACUCUUGGGAAGUAGAUUUGCAUAAACGGUUGUGAAAUUAAUUAAUCUGAAUGACCGUGGAUUUGCACUCUGCUUUUUUGGUAGAACCGUAUGUGAAUGUAGUGGCAUGGAGAGACCAAAAAUAUUACCAAAAAAAAGUGACCAUAUUUCUGGGGCUGAAGUUGAAAGUAAAAUUAUUCCGUUAAGUUAAUUUGCCUUUGUCGCAUGUGGUGGUAAGGAAUGAAAAUGAAGGAAGCCUCGGCAUUUCAUCUAUUUUGGCACGUAAUAAUUCCUAAUGUGGCCUUUUGUACCAUCUGUUUGUGGCAUUGUUUUGAGUUGGGAAUUUUAUACUCUUGGGAUUUCAAAAAUAAUAUAUCCAAAACAUCGCUAUUUAGUAAAACCUUCUCUCCUUGCCAUCAAAGUGGUAAAUAGGAAACGUUUUGUAUGAACAAUUUCUAAAAGUAAUCAGUCUUUUUAUGCUGUAAUCCUUAAUAUCACUUUAUUACCAGACCUUUUUAAUCAUUUUAUCUCCAGGUAUGUACAGAGUCAGCCUGAUAAUUACAUAUAGUAAUGACGCUUACAUGACUUGCACGCAGUGCUAUAAACUGGUAUAUAUGGGUGAUAAUGUCCUUAUUCUACCAUAGUUUAUGUAACUGUGAAACACAAUAUAUUAUGCACUUACGUAUAAAUUAUUAAAGCUGUUAUGUAUAUAAAUGUUUUUUUUUUUUUUUUUUAUCCAAGCAUGUGCUGUUUCAUUGUGGAAUAAUAACUGGUCUGCACAAUUUGCUCAGUGACGUGAAGAAUUGAUGUAAACAGUCACGGGAGGUUUAGUAAACAAAUAGCUGGAGGUUUCCUUUCUGAGGCGCAUAAACCGCCUGUUAACUCUUUAAACCAGAGUAACCAUUGGGGGGGGGAAUGCUAAACUGAAUCUGAAUCAGCAGGGUGUAUGACAGUGUAAUUGGGUAUUUUCAUGUCAGCCCCAGACAAAUGCAAUGUGGCUUGACUUUAACACUGAGUAGAAGACAUGCACUUUGUGGCACUUAAUUGGUUAACCUAAGCCUGUAUAUUCUACGCAGUGACACUAUAAACAGAAACAAAUGGCUUGCAAUCAGUGGAUGUGAGUGUAGGGUAAAUGGAUCUUGUCACAGUAGCUCUAAUAGUUGUGUCAACAAUGUGUAGAACGUCCUGUUUAUUUUUUGAAUGGGUGUGAGCCCAAAAAUAGGCAAAUGCUUGUUCCGGGGCUCCUUUAACCCAUGUGCUGUGAGUCAGUACUCUGUCAGCAGUGAAUGGGUUAGAAUGGGAUUGGCUUCACGCCUUCUUGGCAGCUCCUAGCCUUUUCUAUUUAUACAGUGGGAUCCGCUUGUCUCUCGAUGAGCAUGUCUUGUGCUUGCAUUUGCAAUUACACUGCAGGAUAUUUUUUUAAUACUUUUUUUUAAAGGUAUUUUUAGCAAGUAAAAUGUUUGUGGAGUGAGCUCAUGCUGCAGGGAUUGUAUCUGCUCUUAGUUCCAAAUUUAGGAAUAAAUAUUUUUAUUAAAAUGUGAAAUUUUUCCACUUUGUAUUGUAGGCACAGACCAUUUUUUAUCUUCUUCACAUUAUUCUGCUUGACCUUUCACAUACAUUUUUUUUUUAAAUCAAAGUCUUCUUGUAAAAUUGUCUGUAAAUGUAUACUUAACCCACUGACCAUAUAAUUUUGCUCUGUAGAGAUUUGGGCCUAUAAAGAUGAUCCUUUGUUUGUAAGAUAUCUGUUAUUGUAAAUUAAAGGGUAGUUGAUGUAUUUGCGGCUCUGCACCUUGAGUGUACCGUGCAGCCCUGAGUUUAUAUUAGAUGUGCAAGUAUACUUGUUUUCUGUUUAACCCUUUGCAUAUAUAUUGGUUUAUAAUCCAAAAGCAUCCCGCAACUUCAGACAGGGUAGCGAUCAGCUCAGUGAUUUAUUCAUGAAACUGGUGAUGGCUCUUCACUUCAAUGAACACUUGCAUGCAUUUAUUUAUGCAUUUUUUUUUGAUUGGGUUUAUAUUUAAAAACCGCAUGCAAAACCUGCAGAUCUCUUGUCUGCUUCCUUUGCAAGCCCUCCCCUUCUAACCCUGCCCAGACUUUCUGUGGCUUUCCAAUCACAGACUUUCCAAUGUAGCUCAAUGAGAAGUCUUUGCAAGGCAGGUGCUCAUAGUAAUUGUUGCUUCUUGAGUUUAGCUCCACUGAGAGAACCAAACCAGGAAGUAACAGGAUCGGUUGUCUGCUUGACAGCCAGGAAGGUUUGACCAGGUUAAUUUAGAAAAGUGCCAAUUUGUAUUGAAAUCUGCACUUUUUACAAAAUGGAAAAACAUGUAACAGGUAACGCACAGAGGUCAUGGCAGUGAAUACAUGCUUUAUCUGAAAGGCUUGGAGGGUAGCUGUAUCAUUCUGCCACGUAACGCACAGAGGUCAUGGCAGUGAAUACUCGCUUUAUCUGAAAGGCUUGGAGGGUAGCUGUAUCAUUCUGCCAGGUAACACACAGAGGUCAUGGCAGUGAAUACUCGCUUUAUCUGAAAGGCUUGGAGGGUAGCUGUAUCAUUCUGCCAGGUAACACACAGAGGUCAUGGCAGUGAAUACACGCUUUAUCUGAAAGGCUUGGAGGGUAGCUGUAUCAUUCUGCCAGGUAACGCACAGAGGUCAUGGCAGUGAAUACACGCUUUAUCUGAAAGGCUUGGAGGGUAGCUGUAUCAUUCUGCCAGGUAACGCACAGAGGUCAUGGCAGUGAAUACACGCUUUAUCUGAAAGGCUUGGAGGGUAGCUGUAUCAUUCUGCCAGGUAACACACAGAGGUCAUGGCAGUGAAUACACGCUUUAUCUGAAAGGCUUGGAGGGUAGCUGUAUCAUUCUGCCAGGUAACGCACAGAAGUCAUGGCAGUGAAUACACGCUUUAUCUGAAAGGCUUGGAGGGUAGCUGUCCUUGAGAGGCUUGCACUAACUCGCUGCCAUUGGGAAAAAAUAACUGUGGAAAAGCUUGUUGCAGUGAUUAUUCUGUGUUAAUUUCUUUAUUUACUAGAAUUGCAAUAUAUAAACCAAAAAAAAAACACAAAAAAACUUUCAAGAAACAUGUUAAAUCCCUGCCUUUUACUGAAAAUUCCUCUGUUAAGUAAAAUAUGAAAAUCACGUAUAGCAGGUUUUAACCUUUUUCAUGCUUUGCUCUGUUUUUUUUUAAUUCUAUAAUGAACAUCACAAUUUAGUUCAAUCCUGGCUGUACCGUUACCUACUAUGAAUUCAGGAUUCUGCAGAAUUCCUUGUUAAGGUUAACCUGUUUGAGAGUAGGAAUGAUUUUCCUGAAAUUAACGGGCCUUUUAAGACUUUUUUUUUUUUUUUCCCCUACAAAAGCUGCUAGUUGCAUCAGUGUUGAUGUCAGAAACUGCCCUGCCGUACCAUUUAUCCUAUCUGGUACUUGAGUUUCUAAUGCUGAGACAUUGAUGUGAAUGAUUUUGACUCCCAAGGACAUUUUGAAGAAAUGGGAGUGAUGCAAUGUAGUUGCCUAUUUAAACACUCCUUGGCCUUUAUCUGCACCCUUUUUGUAGUUUCAUUUUCAGCUGAUCGCACGUCCCUUUGUACUUCGGUGUUUCUGUGGUUUUGUUCUUGUUUUGCAAUCCUUUGACCCUGCUUAGUAUUAUGUUAUUGUUUACAAGAGAGAAGGUUCAGGCACUCCAAGAUUUCAGAAAGGCAAAUUUAUUGGAACCCAAAUGUCCAGCAGCAACGUUUCGACCCCAGUGGCUAGCUCCUAGCUUAAAAAAAGACCAUUGUGGUUGAAACGUUUCUGCUGGCCAUUUGGGUUCCAACAAAUUAACCUUUCAUAAAUCUUGGCGUGCCUGAACCACCUUCUCUCUUGCAAACUGUAUCUAAGGACUUGUUGCUGGUUCCUGGAUUGGUUGCACCCAAGGCUUUCUAAGGACUUGUUGCUGGUUCCUGGAUUGGUUGCACCCAAGGCUUUCUAAGGACUUGUUGCUGGUUCCUGGAUUGGUUGCACCCAAGGCUUUCUAAGGAAUUGUUGCUGGUUCCCGGAUUGGUUGCACCCAAGGCUUUCUAAGGACUUGUUGCUGGUUCCCGGAUUGGUUGCACCCAAGGCUUUCUAAGGAAUUGUUGCUGGUUCCUGGAUUGGUUGCACCCAAGUCUUUCUAUUUGGAUGAGUGCAGUUCCUGGUUUGGCUUUGGAUAGUGUUGUUAUUGUGAUCAUCAGGUUCCCUUUAGCCCUAGACGUUGCAUUUCCUACGAUUCCGCUCACCUCAUUGGAGGUUUUGUGCAUUUAGCCCAACCAUUUGAUCCAUACCUUGUAUGUAGUACCCUUAGGGAAUAUUGUACCCAGGGCACACAUUGCAUUGGAGAAGAAACGGAAACUUCUGACAGCGUGCCAAGAUGGAGGCACGGUCUGGGACAGAGCCAGAUACAGCAGUGUGGACCUCACAAAAGGCAUGUUUAUUAUUGUUCUUUAUUUAUAAAAUUUUACCAGGAUACAUUGAGAUUUCUCAUAUUUUCAUGCGUGCCCUGGGGAUAUAAGUGGAUAAGGAAACCUGUAAUAUAACAUUUUUAAUAAUCAGAUUUUAUUCACUUCCCUUUUUAAGAGAGGAUAUUACUGAACAUAUCCAUGGGAUCACGUGACGUUCUACAGCAGUUCUGUUGAAUAUAUCUGCACAAUUGUUUAACUUGUAACUCAUUUGAUAAAAUGCUACCCGUGCUAAACUCUAUAGUAGUUUAUUUAUUUAUUUUAUUAUUGUUUUUACCCUUUAUAAAAGUCUCCCUCUGUGUGUAGGACAUGAGUGUUUUUAUUGAAUAAUUUGUAGCUAAACGAACAGUAGCGUGUGUGAUGCUUGCCUUUUAAAACUGGUGGAGGAACAUUUAUUGACAGUGAUGCGUCUGCUGUGAAUCAUGGAGUCAAGACGAUUAGUUGCUUAUUAAUGCUUUGUUCUAGGACCAUGUAUGUCUAAUUUUAUUUUUCCUUUAUUUUUUAGGUUUAUGGGUGUGUGUGUUCAUCAAGGCCAGUUGCAUGCUCUCACUGAGGUAAGACUAUGGCUGUAUAAGAACAGAACUGUAAUCUGCUCCCUGCUCCCCACCCAUGUUAGUAAAUGGUUUGGGCGAUGGACACUGCUCAGACUGAGUAAACGUUAUUUUUAAAGCAUGCAAAUGGCACUGGCAGCAACUUCAUAUAUAUAUGGGAUCCUGCUACAGCAGAUAAACACUUAAAUGCUUUUAAUUAAGCACAAACGUCUGUUAUUUGUUGUAGUGAUAGGUUAAAGCUAUAGCUGUACCCUCUGCAAAGGUAUUCUAGUGCAGUGAGUGUCUCUUUGUGCAUUCGUUAAAAUACACUUGAAAUGUUUCUCUUGUGGUUCGUUGUGCUCAUUUUAUGGCAUCCAACCUCUUUUUUACUGUAAAAUGAUUGUAACAAAGAUCCUUUUUCAUCCCUCAAUUGUGAAUGAAGCUACAGUACCUCUUUGUGAGUGCAUGUAACUACCAGCCUAGCAAUCAGCUUACAAAGACAUCAUACAGAGCACAUGGGAGAAUUUCAUUCAGUUUAUUUUUCUUGCGUCCCCCCAGAGCUCCCUUCCAUAUACUCCAUUUAUGACCGUUUCCUAUGGGAAUAGCUGUUAAUCUUCAGUUAGACAUUACAGCUACACACCAGGGUUUCAAGUGACCCUCAUAUUCGUAACACAUUAAAUGGAAGAUAAAACCUAUUUUACAAUUAUUGAGGGUCCAGUCUGGAGAUGUCUGCCUGUUAACCAUGGAUGUUUAAUGCUCACAGGCCACUGGCUGUAAAGUGAAUUAAUUCGGAUCUGGUGUCCGCAUUGCUGGUAUGGCAUAUCAUUUUAUUAUACUUGGGUCGAGCUUCUGUUUUUGUGGUUAAUGCUGUAACAAGGAACACGUGUUCUUUAAGAUUUCUAAGGUUGUUCUCAGCAUUGAGAGUACCAACCUUUUGUCUCCCUGUUCCAUGGAAGUGGCAGCUGCUCUAACUACCUGCCUGCAGUUUGUAGCCGUCUACCGUUAUAUAAACUGUGGACGCUGCAGAGACUCCAAAAGGAAGACACUGCGGAACUACUGAGGAUAUGUGAAGUUAGCUGACACAGUAUCUGUGAACCCUCUGUAUGAAAUGCAGCAUGUUUCUCUUGCUUCGUUCCCAGACACUUCUUGUACAGGAGGGAGCAUGUAUCACAGCACACACCAUACUGAUUGAAGAAGUAAAACGUCCUCCUUUGCACAUAUCCGCUCCAAGGGGAAGGUUUACAGUUGUGGGGUUUUUAUUUAUUUUUUUUCAUUUACAAACUUCGCCAGCUAUACGCGACUCUGCAUUGUAACCUUGGCAAUCAUGCAAGGGAUCAUUAAUAUUGGAGAUCUGAUACAUUUUAUUGGCAGUAUUUGUAAGUACAUAUCUUGAAUUCACGUGGUAACAAUCUCAGUCUAAGGAUUUGUCUUAAUCCCCCAAUCCUCGUAGACCUCCUUGGAUUCUGUAUCAUUUACAUAUAAAGUAGCGUGAUUAACUUCUCAUUUCAAGUGGUUUCAUUUUUUCAUUCUCACGUUUAGUCUUUUUUUUCUCAGCGUUACUGGGGAGUUUGUGUUUUUGUUGAUUCCCCAGUCCGUCUUCUUAGUUCACGAUGAGGAACUGACACAUUUGUGAAAGUAGAGGAAGUUUUGGGUAUAACAUUGUGAAUGAUGAAAAUUAAAUUACGAAAUAAGCAUUAGUUUAACUUUAAUGACCAGUCCAAGCACCAUAACUAUGUAUGAUAUAGAGCUCCUUUUCUCAAUCUAUCUUCUGUCAUUUGUUAAUAACUGUAGUAACUGCAAACUCGCAGCAGGUGUAAGUCCUUCUCACACUCCCCACACACAUUAAUCUGUAAACACACGAGAUACAAACUUUGUGACGGUCCAGGGGUUUGGCUGCCCACACGUACAGUCCAAUCUGUAGCUCCCUUCUUGUAAACCAUGAAUACAACUGUCCUAAUUUAUCCAAAGCAGCAGUUUCCUUCUUAUUUUAUGAUGAACGUAACUGCUUCUCUGUGUUGCCUAUCCCACACAUAACCCAUGAAAACCUAUGGAGGAAGCCUUUAUAGAAUAUGCACAGAAAUCCCAUUGUGAGAUAGCUAGGAUUCUUACUGGGGUCCAUUACUUCCUAGCCUAGGAAGAGAUCAGUGCAGGAAGCAGAAAACCUUGAGGGUUAGCUGUAAAUGCUGGCACUUCAGAGUCAUUUAUACAAUUUGUAUUGCUUGCACAAAUCACUCAGAAUCUGCCAUGAGUAUACCUUUAAAUCUCCCACAAAGCAUUCUGGAUCACAGAAAAUGGUAGCAAUCAAAUUCCUUUGGCCGAUAGCUUACCAUACUCUUGGCACACUUGGUUUGGCACGAUUCAGUAACAGGGAAUUGGUAAUAUUAUAAAAUUUGCGUUAUCCCAAUCAUGGCAUAUUCUGUAUAGUCAGAAUUUUCUUUGGCAGCGCAGAGUUGUGCUUCUAUUUUGUCAGCUGGCCGCCUGGGUAGGAUCCUUGAAGCGUUAUACCAGCGCCUGCUUCUUGAGUGAUGCAACUGUCUUCUAACCAAUUAACCUGUGAAACUGGCUGCUCAUUCGUGACCAUAGAAUCUAAUAUUUAUUUAUUUUAUCUAUUUUAUUUUGCCAUAAAGAGCACAAUAAACUUUACAAUUCCAAAAGGUUCAAUUUCCCCAUUGCCUGGGUCUGUGUUCACAGAGAAUGAAUGUGAUUAAUUGCACACAUGUCUGUCUGUCUGUGCACUAGAGGAGGGCUCUAAUACUUGUUUCUUUUUCUAGUACAUUAAUAGUGGCAAUCUGGAACAACUAUUGGAGAGCAACCAGCACCUAUCGUGGGUUGUAAGGAUGAAACUGGCCCUUGAUAUUGCUUUGGGCCUGGCCUAUCUGCACUCUAAAGGAAUCUUCCACCGCGACCUCACAUCAAAGGUAACCUGACCUGAUUUUAGUAUCACUAAUUAAUUUGUGAUGUAAACUAUACUACGCUGUGAUCAAGCUGAAGCUUUCCAAUGGUGUAGAAAAUUGUGCACCUCCUAAAAAGCCAGUUGUGGAAAAUACCACCCCCAUGAAAAUAUUUUGAGGUUUCAAGGUUUAUACUCUUAAGCAACCAGACAAUUUUGGCUUAGUGAAGUGGUUUUAGUCUAUAGGUCAGUGGUUCACAAACCAGUUCUCAAGGUACCCCUACCAGUCCACGAUUUAGGGAUUACCCAGUUGUGUCUAGGUGUUUGUUUCUUUUUCCUACAAACACCUUAGACAUAACUGGGUAAUCUCCAAAUCCUGACCUGGUAGGGGGUGCUUUGAGGGCAAAGUUUGGGAACCACUGGGAUAUGUCAUUCCCCUGCAGUCUCACUACUCAAUUCUGUCAUUUAGGAGUUUAAUCACUUUUGUUUAUGUAAUCCUAGCCACACCUCCCCUCGCUGUGACUGACACAGCCUGCAUAAAAAAUGGUUUAAUGUUCAAUCAGAUCAUACAGCCAAGUGUGUUUACUUUAGAUGUUAUCUCCUGCUCUGAUAAAGCAUUAUUUCAAGCACCAUGACCAUUUCUGUGAUUUGAAGUGGUCAUGGUGCUUGGAGUCAGUAUGUGCAGUGCUGCCUGCAGGGGGACUGAUGGGCAGUCUCCCCUGCAUCUGUAAAAUAAAAUAAAUGUUUUAGAAAAAUAAAAAUAAAAAAUAUAUAUUGAUGGAUAUAUGAUAUGUCAUACAAAGUGUAUUUUUAUAUUAAUAUAAAAAUACACUUAGAAAUAAAUUACACACGUGUGUGUAUAUAAUUUUAUUCGAACUGUAUUUUGAUAUAUAUUUAUAUCAAAUACACUUAGAAUGAAAUUAUAUAUGUACAAAUAUGAAAUAUAAUAAUUUCAGAAAUAUACACGUAGACUUCAAAUAUUUUAAAAUAUGUACAUAUAUUUAAAUUAUAUGUGCAGAUUUAUGUAAUAUCUUUACCUAAUUAAGUAAUUUUAUUGAUUGCAAUUUGAGGGACCUGCCUGACAACCCAGGCCAAAAGUCCAGAGAACUUAAUUUGCUAGCAAUAUAUUUAACCCUGUAACUUUCCAAGACACCCUAAAACCUGUACAUGGGGGGUACUAUUUUACUUGGGAGACUUCGCUGAACACAUAUUAGUGAUUCAAAACAGUAAAACCUAUCACAGCGAUAUUGUCAGUGAAAGUGGCGCUUUUUGCAUUUUUCACUCACAAUGAUAUCAUUGUUGUGAUACGUUUUACUGUUUUGAAACACUAAUAUUUAUGUUCUGUGAAAUCUCCAGAAUAUAACAGUAACCCCCAAUGUACUGGUUUUAUGAUGUUUUUAAAAGUUACAGGGUCAAAUGUAAGGCUUGAUUUUCUGUUUUUUCACAUUGAAAUUUGCCGGAUUGGUUAUGUUGCUUUUGAGAGCGUAUGGUAGCCUAGGAAUGGGAAUUACCCCCAUGAUGGCAUACCAUUUGCAAUAGUAGACAACCCAAGGUAUUGCAAAUGGAGUAUGUCCAGUCUUUUUUAGUAGCCACAGUUGCUACUGAUGCCCCCUUUGGACAGGUGUGGAAUUGCAAUUAGAAAGCUUAAUUUAAUAUCUACAGCAUUAGGGGCAGCCCAUACCGGUUACAACUUGGCCCUGGACUUAAUGUAAAACAUAGGGACAUUCACUUCUUUAGAUAUAUCCACGAUAGAUCUCACUACAAUCACUGCAAGACCUUCCUUAAAUGAACACUAUAGUGUUAGGAACUACAUGUUUGUAUUCCUAACACUGUAAUGCUGGAGUAGCAGUUUAGGUCCCCAUCCCUGCUCAGUGGAGUUCAAAGGUGUUUAAACUUACCCUUUUCUCCAUCGCCAUGCUGGAGAAAUCCUUGGCUGGCUCCACCUUCAAUCUUGAUGAUCUCAGCCAAUCCAAUGCUUUCCUUAGGACAAAAGGCCACGCUGUGCCAAUCAGCAUCUUCUCAUAGAGAUGCACUGUAUUCAUUGAAUUUGUAUUUAAUAUAUUUAUUUUCGUGGCUACUGCUUUUAGCUUAUGAAAUGAUUGCUGUGGAGUAUAAAGUGUUUUAUGAAUAUGCUGCCUCCUACUAUCUUGUUUAAUUGAUUUUCUGGAAAACUUCUCGAGUUGACAAAAUCAGUGUCUUUGAUUUCUACAAAACCAUUUUCACCCAUUUUGAUGGAAUCUGUUUGCAGUAGGAGACAGGAGUGAAGAGAGGGUAGUUUAAAGGGUUACCUAGAAUUCCGUGGCAAUAUCUCAGGUUUAAUCUUUUAAAACUUUCUCUUAGAAACCUGGGCACUUCACCCAUCUCAGGUUUACGGACAAUGCUCAUUUACCACGGUCUGUUUCACUGAACAUGGACGACUGUGAUAUCUCUCCUUAUGCUACAUGGCAUAUGAAAACUCAUUCUCUGCACUUUUGUCCCAGGAGGGAAACGCUUAAUCAAAGAGAAAUUUAAUUUCCUUGCCUAUGGAACUAUUCUUCUUUACAGCUUUGGUCGUAUACUCUCAUUUCAGUGAGUAUUUUAGAAGCAUUUUUUUCCACUCUCCUGUUUAAUUUGAGGUAUCCCCCCUUUCUAAAUGAAAUAGCUUUGCUGUUUGUGUAACACGAACACAGCUCCUUUAUUAAAUAGAUUUUUGCUUUUAUUGCCGGCUGUUAAACAAGAAUCCAUUACAAGCUGGACAGUCGUUCGGUAAAAUGAGCUGGGACUGUGAUUACUGCAAUAAAUCGUGUAGUGUUACGCACGCUGAGAGACAUCGAUUUUGAGACAGUGCUUUAAAUCUACUGAGGCCAAUCCUGGUAAUUUUGAGCUUUGUCGAUUAACGUCCAUGUAUAAAUAUUUCCCAAUUUAUAUUCAGUUUUGGAAUUCUGUCUAUAACCAUUUUGUGAAGCAUUAUUUAUGCCUGCAGUGGUGAUGGCCUCUCACUCAGAACUUUAUAGCCGUCUGUAAUGAGACAUAUGCUGGAACUACCCUGUAAUUGGAUGUUACUGCUGAGCGCGGUCACAGUCUAUCCUUUAAUCUUUUGUUAAUACCUCAUUUAUGAAGAACUUGCAUAUUUUAUACAAGGCCAUGUGUUGGCUACGACAAACAAGUGUUUGGUGCCUUUGCAUGUUUAGACACAUGAAGGGAGACAGUGCAAAGAGGCUCAUGUAUUAUAUUUAACAGAGUUCGACAUGGAGGAUUUAUUUGCCAAUCUAGAAAUCGUGGAGAAUUGACAAAGGGCCUGAAACGUUUAAAGCAAAAUCGGCAAAUUAGACUCUCACACAUGUCUGUUUUCCAACUCUUCCAUGUUGUAAUUUUGUCGGUUUUCAGGCAUUUUUGGUGUAGUGAAUAAACCCUUGUACAGAGUUGUAUAUAAACACAAAUUAGCAGUUUAAUUAUCGUUUAGCGAUCCGUGUAGGAUUUCCAAAUUGUACGUUCUAAAGCAAUGUUGGGAACUGCUGCAACAAUUCAAGUUUAACACAAACCGCUGUUUCUAAUAUUCUAAUAGUAAUGGAAGUCUUAUUUGCCACAUUUUUCAUCGUGGUGUUUUUUAAACCGUGUUAUUCAGACAGUGAUGGAAUUUAUUUCCCAUAGAGGGUAAUUAAGUGUAAAAAUUAACUUAAGCUUUGCCCUUUGCUCUGCAUGCAGUGUCUCGGGGGAGAGGGAUUUUUCAUCUUAAAGUAAAAUGUUCUCAUUUCCUUUUUUCUUUCUUUUCUGUUUCCAUACAUGGUUUAUAGUGCUCUGUUUAUAAUGUGAAUGGGCACGAUCUUGUAAAGUAACCAGAAUCAUAUGUGAAAAAAUCUCCCAAACAAAUCGGAUGCUGAACUAGUCCAACUAAAUGUAUUUUCCUCCCAUGAAAUUCUGGCAGUAUACUGUAAGCUAGAGGAGAUUUCCAUUGUUUUGGGGCCAGAGUCAUUGUAUCCUGGGUGCUUAUGGUGAUGCAACACAUCUAAAAGGUUCUCCCAAUAUCUGCAUGGUGGUAAUGGUCAGUGUGACUGUGUCUUAAUAAGUAUGAGCACAGCUGGGAACAAGUGCUGCCUCUUCCUGACCUUAAUGCGGCACUGUCAUGCCGAAUCCCGUUUUUUUUUUUUAACCCCCCUCCCGCCUCCACUACAUCCAAUUGACCCACUUGUCACCCCCAAAUGCCCCUAAGCCCCCCACAUUACCUAUUUUUUAAUCCUUAUUUUCUGCCCCGAUCUUGAUUCAGGGCGCCGCCAUCUUUGUGUGGGUAGAUGAAGUCCCUGUGGGACACGUCAUCAGCCCACACUAGACAGACUGUGAGAUUCCCGCACAUGCCCAGUGAAAUCACCAUUCAUCAGACAUACGAAUGAGUGAAUAGAAAUAUCAGCCGAACAAACUAACACUAUGUAUCAGUGUAUCUGAGUAUCAGUGUUUGUUUGUUCGUGCAGGUUAUUACAAGGAGGGAGCUACCGGCGUAAUAUGUAACUAUAGAAGCGGCAGGGAGCAGUGCUCCCCACCACUUCAUAAGCCCCCCCAGGUCCCCCUCUCUCUCUAUGGGGGUCAAUAUGACCCCCAUAAUAGCACAAGGGAGAUUAAAAUCUCCCAAAUGCCCCUACUCGCUAUACCGCGAGUAGGGGCAUGUCUACUAAACAGUGAGCAGCCUUUAGUUAUAUCAUUGCUACAGUCAAGGAGAGAAGAGGAAAGAUCUACCAUUUCACUGUCGGAGAUAGAUUGCUGUAGAUGUUUUAAAUAACUUAAAAUGUUACUUUGUGGUUGUUAUACUGAAAUGUAGACAUUCUUUUUACAUUUUGUUGCCAUGUUUAGUGAACAUGUGAAAUAUGUAUAUAAUAUUUUUCAAUUGGAAUGUUCCUUUAAGGCUGAGCCGAGUUUGUCAUCUAACAAUUCCGAUCCACUACUUCUUUCGCUUGAUUUGAUAAAUACAGGACCUGAUUUCAUAGUGUAAAUUCCCUGGAAGAACAUCCAUAAUCCACUAUUUACAAACGCUCUGUCAACAGAUUUUUUAAACUUGGUAAAAGUUCCAUUUGUUUCUGUGUUUCAGAGCAGAUGUUUCCAGCCCAUUAUACAUUUUCAGUGUUUUAUUGAACGCUUGGAACAUAGCAGCAAACUAAUAGGGCACAGCACGAAAACAAACAGAAUGUCCAUUAAUGGAUUCUUUUUACUAAUUUGUUCAUCAUAACCCAGGUUUCUGGAUAUUUAUAUUAUCGCCGUGUGACUAUGUAUAUAUCACACUGUACAGAUUUCAUAGACUCUGCAGUGCAGGGCAAGCAAUCUAUGUAUUCUAUAAUAUAGUUUUAUUGUUGUAAAUUUGUAGUUAUGGCACUUAUGUAGCAAUAAAUUAUUGGGUGUCCCAUUACAAACACCCUGCUAUUCCUAAAGUCAGAUUAUUGCAGUAGAAAAUGUAUAAUUAUUUGUUACAUUUUAUUUAAAUUUUUUUUUUUUUUUUUUACACAGAACUGCUUGAUAAAGUGUGACGAAGGUGUAUACGCUGGAAUUUUAGCAGACUUUGGGCUGGCUGAGAAGAUCCCAGAUUACAGGUAUUAUUUAUACCCCAUUCCCAACCAUUUAUUAAAUACAUUGUAAUUUCUGUGUUGUGCCGGGGCUGUACCCAGCACUAUCUUCCAAACCUCCCUAACAACGCCUGCCAUUAAAUCAGCACUAAAGCGUUAUGAAUACAAACUUGUCUUCCUAACACACCAGUGUCUCUGUCCUUGUUUAUAUAGCUCGCCCCUCCUCCCCCCAUUGCGUGUGCCCUAAAAAUAAUAAUAAAAGCUCUUACCAGUGCUUCUCAUGUAGGAUCAUUGGGGACCCCAUGCAUGUUGGAGUCUCCACAGUAACGCAUUGAUUGUAUGCUUUCUUAUGGGGUUUCCAGAUCACGUGACCACGUUUUACUGGGUCAGUGCAGCUGACCUACCUCUAGCGGAUCUCCGUACACUGUUCAUUGAGCUAACAGGUCCUUUCAAAUCAUUUGUCACAAUCCAUCUCUUCCAGAAAAACCAUAAUAUAUAUAUAUAUAUAUUUUUAAAUACGAUUCUUUGUUUUAUUGCGUCUGUGUGUAUAUUCUUUUGUAAUGCAUACAUAUAUCCUUUCAGUUCAUCACCUUACUUGCUGGUUUGAGGGAACCAAGUCAUCUGUUUAAAAAUCACAUUUUUUGAACACGUUUAAUGGCUGAAAUGGUCCUAAUUUGUGUUUUAGAGAUGCAUGGUGCUAGGACUGUUGCCUCCGUUGUAUGCGGUUAGGUUAAUCUGAUGAUAUGCUAGUUUGAUAUUAGUUUGAGGGAAAUUGGUUAAAGCAAGCCUGCCGUAUGAACAAUUAGACAUGAUGUCAUGAGAGAGAACCAGGACCACUGUGACAUUCAAAUUGAAACUUAAAUCCUGAAUUGGAACAUGCCAGCUAAAAAUACAUAUUUUAUUUGUGUUAUUUCCCACAAUGCCAAGUGGCAUUGGGAAGUAGAAAUUAAAUAAUUUCUAUGAAGUGCCUUGAUUUGACAUUGUAGCGCUUUGUGGAAUAAUCUGUAUAAAUACUAAAUAAAUCUGUACUUUAAAGAACUCCCUGUGAAGGUUCGCUCUGCUCUGACCUGUUUUCAGCCAUCACAAACCGUGAACACAGCCACAAUUGUAACUACAGAAAUGUGGAGUUUGCACUCCUACCGGACCCCCAAUACCUAUGUUUGCAAUUCCUGUCUGGGUUCUUUAAUGUGGGUUACCAGAGAGCUGCAGCUGGCAGUGGUUAGUGCGGUUAGUCAUUGCGUAUAUUACCACAUCAAAUGUUUUGUUGAAAAUCCAGUCUUCCUUGUUCUCCUGGGUGCGGAGAGAAUGCCAAGUCUCGCUCCGUACCGUGCAGGAUCAAUACUGCAAAUACCUGCAGCUGGUGACUUACUGUGCAAUUUAGACCAAUAAAAUCUCCUCCUCUUGGAAAUACAGAACAUUCAUUGAAAGGAGAGUAUUCCCCAAUCGGCCGUUCUGAGCCUGUUACAUUAAUCUGUUUUGAGAAUUGGAUCUGGUUGCUGCUCCUUAGCUUUGGACUAGGAAAUCUGCAACAAAGCAGCCUUUUGGCUUUAAUGGAACAAGAUUGGAACAUUUCUCUGCUAAACAAUGUGGAUCUGUCAGAGGCACGUCUAUACGAGUUUAGAGUUAGAGAAGAUUAAUGCACAAUACUAAUUGGAUAUUAACACGAUCGACCCAUUAUUGGGUCAUAUUUAAGAUGAGUAAUCCUGCAGGGUUGUUUAGUACUCUCGAUGGCCUGUAAACAUGCAAUGCAGAGAUUUGUGGGAUGCCAUUUUUAUUUAUUAAUAUAUUAGCUAUGUUAUGUAGUACAUAAAGCCUAUAGUAAUGCCUAUUUUUCCUCAGAUCCUUGGAUGUCUUCAAUUUAAAGAGACGCCCCACUGCCCAAAUACAAAAUAAAUUAAAAUCACUGUUUAGUUGAUAUACCCAAUGAGAACUUAAAUGCAUUCAAUUAUGAACUUUUUUGUUGGAGUUGUAUAAAAAAAACAAACAGCUUAACAGCUUACAAAACCUGCAGAACUCUUGUCUGCAGCCUUUACAAGCUCUCCCCUUCCAACCCCGCCCAGACUUUCCGUGGCUGUCCAAUCUUAGGCUUCCCAAUGAAUCUCAAUGAGAAGUCUUUGCAAGGCAGGUGCUCUGGACAAUUGCUGUCUCUUGAGGUCAGCUGCAUUGAGCUAACCAAACCAAGAAGUAACAUUACCUUAUGUCUGCUUGAAAGCUAAGUGUGUAACCAGGUUAAUUUAUAAAAAAAAAGUUUCAAGAGGGACACACUCUUCACACAUAAAGCUUUUCAGCAAGCUGUAGUUAUUUAGGGUUCUGGAGUUAACCUUUAAGCAAUUAAACAAAAAGCGGAUUACUUAGGCCAAAUUCAGAACAAAUAACACAGGUUGGGAAUGUAGGGGCAUGGGGAAUUGUUUUCAUUUAUGCUGUUGACGUCCUUAAAUUGUCAUUCCCAGUGCCAUUUUUAUUUUAAAUGUAUGGUUUAGUGUGUGCUGCUGUCUAUCUAACUAAACUCUAUGUAUCUUAAAACCACCUUUUGCAAAUUGUGGCUGUUCACAGAUUUUCUGUUCUGAAAUAAAAGAUACUUUUAGAAUAAGUACAGUUUAUGGUCAAUUUAAUCCACUUACCCUCUAUUUAAUCUGCUUUGCUCCCCUCUGUAUAGGUUUAGGUGCCCAGUUGCAGGGCCUGGUCUGUAUAUGGAUGAUAGAAAUAUCAGGCCGCCUGGUUUGACCUCACUGUAUACGAUCUCUCUGCAGCAGAUUAGGGCACAGCUUGGAAGAGACUCUGCAGCCGCUGCAGAACCUCUUGGCAUUGGCCAGUCCCGCCAGCCAUCCAUGCUCCUAGACGUGCCUGUACAGUUAGUGGAAACACCUUUUAAGGCAUUUUGUUGCCUUCCCAUCUGAAAAUGUCACAAGUCAUUACCUGCCAGUAGGUACACUCUUAAACGCUUAACCCCUUCACUGCCAUCAGUUUGCAGAAAAACCACCUGCAGAGUCUGAGUAUUUUAGGUGUCCUGGAAAGUAAUGUUUACAUUUAUUUUUCAUUUCAGUGUGCCUAGCUAGCGUAUUAUUUAAUGGAAAUAAAAACAGAAAAUAUUGUCUGGACAGAAAAUCUUUAAAAAUCAUUUACCAAUUAAUGAGACUACAGGUGGGAAAACAGAGUUGCAAAUAAAUAACAUUUCUCAAUAUGUAACAUAAACUUUUUUACUCCUAGUCUAUACUAUUCUCACCAUACAUUGUCGUGUGUGUAUGUGUAUCUGCUGCAGCUCUGCAGAGUCUGUACUGGAAAGCUGGUUCUGGCUCUGCUAUCAACACGGCUAUUGCAAACUAAAUAUACACGAAGGGUUAAAACAUUUGGCAGAUCAUUUCUUUGUUACUGUACUGAGAACGUGGCUGCUUGCCUCUAACUUAGAGGCUUUAAAUGCAAGCUUAUUACAGUGACAUUGUAGGCUUCAUGCUCCAAGACAUGUCUGUACUGACACUAUUUAAAUGCUCGGUGUUGGCAUAACUUGACAGAAUCAAAGAAACUAGUAUUAAAAUGGGGGAAAUGAGUCCAAACCAAGGGACUGUGUACCACUCUGCCUCUUUGAAUAUAGACCGUAAUAGAUAUUUAUCGCUGUUAAUCGCCAAGAUUGACAUUGAUGUUUGAGUUAAAUGGUCUCUUCCUUCUAUAGUUACUGUACGUCGUCAGGGGAUAGAUGUUUUCUAGCAGGUAUACCUUUUCAAUGAGUGUCCCAACUGAGGUAUGAUCCUAUACAUGGGCAUCACUUGAAGGACCACUAUAGUGCCAGGAAAACAAACUUAUUUUCCUGCACUAUAGGGCCCUUAGGGUGUCCCCACCCUCAGGGACCCCCUCCCGCCGGGCUCUAGCAUGAGGAAGGGGUUAAAGACUUACUUUUCUCCAGCGCCGGGCUCCUUCGCGCUCAGGACUCUCCUCCCUCUUCGGCUGAAUGCGCGGCAAGAGCAGCGCGUGCAUUCAGUCAGUCCAUAGGAAAGCAUUCUCAAUGCUUUCCUAUAGGUGCUUCUCACUGUGAAAAUCACAGUGAGAAGCGCCUCUAGCGGCUGGAUUAACCCAUAUGUAAACAUAGCAGUUUUUCUGAAACUGCUAUGUUUACAGCAGGCAGGGUUAAUCAUAGAUGGACCUGGCACCCAGACCACUUCAUUAAGCUGAAGUGGUGUGGGUGCUUAUAGUGGCCCUUUAAGAUGCAGGCACAUCCCCUAUGCCUGCUUGAGUAAUUCCUAUGUAUUGUGCCCAUUAUGCACUGCUAAGAUGUUGGAGUGAUGGCAGAUGCAAAUGAUCUCAAAUUAAAAUGAUGGAUAACCCUGGCAUUGCAAGUGGCUGGAGUAUGUUUUGGUUAUUGCCUUUAUAGGGCUUGUCUGAGGUUAGAACACUCUGCUUUGAGCAUUCCCUUCUUUCCAAUAAUAUUCUGCACCUGAUCAUGGGAAUGUGGACACAGCAACACCUGCCAGCUCCCUGAACUGCACAGCGAGUUAGGCAAACCGAGCUGGGGGAAGCUCUUUCAUAGCAUUUGACAUUCAAUGUAGAGCAGCCCGCACGUGUGGAAAGUGAAAAUAAAUUACAAAACAAAUUCCUUUUGUUUUUGUGUCAAGGAUAUGGGUGUUUAACUCUUGUUACUGGCAGCGUGCAGUCGUCUCUGCAAAAGCAAUCAUUGUUUGGUAGAUAUACCCCGAAUAGAAACAUGCAUGAAUUUAAUUAUGCUUUAUAUUUUUGAGGGGUUGCGGGACAAAUCUAAAACAACUACAGAUAUUUUGUCUGCAGCCUUUGCAAACCCUCCCCUUCUAACCCCACCCAGACUUUCUGUGGCUGUCCAAUCACAGACUUCCUAAUGCAGCUCAAUGAGAAGUCUUUGCAAGGCAGGUGCUCUGGGCAAUUCAGAUCUGGAAAUUGUGAGUUUAUCUCCACUGAGAUAGCCAGGGGGCUGUAACAAGAUUCAUUUAACCUGCACUUUUUUGUAAAAUGAAGACACUCUUUAUUUCAAGUGCUUUAGACGUCUGCAGUGUCGCUUUAAGUGCUUGACAGCCCUUUCUUUAACUGUUGCUUUGGUUUCUCACUGCAUGGAGUCAUGUAGCGUAUAUCUAAAAGGCUGUGAUGUGCCCCAUCUGUGAGUAAUUUACCCCUCUUUGUUUUUCAGUGAAGGAUUAGAGAAGCUCUCUGUAGUAGGGUCUCCAUACUGGAUGGCACCAGAGGUUCUGAGGGAUGAGCCCUAUAAUGAAAAGGUGGGUUUGAACAGCUCUAUGUGCUCUGCAAAGCAAUCACUUAUUGUAAUGUAAGUAUUGGUGUAAAUAUUACAAUGUAGGGAAAUAAAGGUCUGACAAUUUGAAAUAGCCAGAGAUUGGACUUGUUUUAGAACUGGCGCGUUACUUUGUUCAGAAGAGAUUUUGCAGGAAAAAUUCCAAAGAAAACCCUACAAAGCAAAUUUGAAUGCUCUGAGUCUAAGGGACUGGCUCCAGUGAGCUUACAAUCUAAAUGUUGGUCCAGGGCCCAGCCACUUCCCUGCUUCAUAUUAACUCCGUACUCCGAGAUUAAAGAAUAUAUAUAUAUAUAUAUAUAUAUAUAUGAAUAAUAUAAUUUAUUUUUCUGGCCUUGAUAUACACUAAAAUAAUGACAAACUACAGGUAUGUGUGGGAUUUAUGUUAAUUAUUUCUUGGUAAGUGUGUUUGAGCUUGCGAAACAGUGGUAUUACCAAUGGAAAAGACGUUAUUCUGUUACGUUAAAACUUUAAUUGAUGCCAUUUUUUAUUUUCUGGGACUUUGUCAACAAAGCUCAGUCAGCAGGCAGAGAGAGGCAGUUGGUGUGAAACUGGGAAGAAGUGGUGUGUCUACAUUAAAGAGCAAUCGUCAUCCCACUGGAUUUUUAGCAUUGUCUAUUUAUCCCUGUAAUUAAGGAAUGUGCAUUUAUCCUGCAGCUGGCCACCUCCAUCUUGGCUUCCUGUCCAUCAUUGUUAUAAGAUCUGCCCUUGGCCCCUGUCAGUCUGUUUGGAGUGAUCAGUCUCUCCUCCUCUGUGUGUGCACUGACUGUACCAGGAGCCGGAUUAUGAAGUACACUGUUACCGUUAAUGUACAUUAAAAGAACGUUACACUAGGAAAUGGUCUAUACAAGCUAAAUAUAGAGCUUUUUUAUCAAACCACACUUGCAAACUUCUGUUUAGUAAAACAGCCUGCUUCAUGUAAAAUCUUUUCCAGAUUUUUUAUUAUUAAAAAUAAAUGAAAAGGUUUUUUUUUAAUUUUUGCAGUGCCGGUUGGGCAGACAUGUCAUUGUAUGAUAUAAAAGAGAUCUGCACACAUUUUGGUAUAACAAAUAAAAAGCUUCUCGCAGCGUGGUGUAGGCUGGCGAAGUUUUAGGCUUACUUACCCCCCCUAUAUUGGGUUCAUAUUUUGUUACAUGUCAAUGUUUAUGUGCCUCUCCGGUGGUCUUACAAUGUCUAUCCACCAUUGCAGCUAGGCCCUGCCUCUUUAGUUUUAUCACUUUGAGAAACUGAUAUUGUUCACCACAAGAUUUGAAUGAUGUGCACAGUGUGAAAAUAUUGCAAAGUAAACAGUAAAUAUAAAUGAUGCGAUACAUAUUUAUAUGAAAGUAAUACUGUUUAGUAACAUUUAGUAUCAGCUGAUAACCAGUGAUUAUGAGAGGCUGUAGUGAACUAGAUUGUUAAAUAUGCUGAAAGACACUUUCACACAUUUCUGGGGCAUUUUAGAAUAUUUGGGGUUUGAGGAAAAAAAAAUUUUGUAUUAUAAGUAAGGAUUUCUUGUUACAUUGGUGCACAACGCAAGCAUUUCAAGUGUUCUCUUUUUGAUAAAGUACGGUAUAAUGCAUAGUAACUGAAUGGACAAGUCAAUAUUAUCGUCCUGUGUUGUCAUGGAAAAUAAGUGACAUUCCUAAACUGUAAAACUAACGUGACAGAAUGGCAGAGCAUUGACUGCUGGUAAAAUAUUAAACCAUUUAUUUGACAUGACAGCAAUAGGAAUGCAGAGAACCUGGUACCAGUCCAUUGAUGCUUAUCAUUUGUUUUGUGCAAAAGUACAUUUUUUUUUUUGUGUGUCAGUAAUGCAGCAGAGCCUCCGUUCUAAGAAAUGAUACGGCUGUAGGCUUACUGUAUUCUCCUCUGUGUACUUUGCUUUGUCAUUUUACCUGCCCAUUCCCUUUAACAUACAUUGCUUGAAAUCCAAUUUAAUGUAAAUGGAACAAUAAACAACAACCAAUGCAAUCCAAACCCUUUAUACUUAGUAUCAAUAAACACGAAUGUAUUGCUGGUUUAAUUAAAGGAUUCACAGUUUACGUGCAACAUAUGACUGGUAGCCAUCACUGUGGACCUCUUCUUCCCUGGCUUCUAAUAAAAUCAUCUUUGACAUGCAAAUGUGUUUCUGACUCGUAAAGUUGCUAAACCUUUGUCAGCUAAGUUUCCCAGUUCCUGUACUGCAUGUAAAUCCUGAGAGAGAACCUCUUGUUUGCACAGGAAAUCGCAGAGGACUUGUAGUCAAAGCUACUCCCUCUUUAAAACCAGUCAUGUAGGACCUCCGCCUUCCCUCCCUAUGCAGGGCCUCCGCCUUCCCACCUUAUGCAGGGCCUCCGCCUUCCCACCUUAUGCAGGGCCUCCGCCUUCCCACCUAAUGCAGGGCCUCCGCCUUCCCACCUAAUGCAGGGCCUCCGCCUUCCCACCUAAUGCAGGGCCUCCGCCUUCCCACCUAAUGCAGGGCCUCCGCCUUCCCACCUAAUGCAGGGCCUCCGCCUUCCCACCUAAUGCAGGGCCUCCGCCUUCCCACCUAAUGCAGGGCCUCCUCCUGUAUAUAAUGCCUUGAAAAGUCUUGUCUCCUCUUCCUUCUCAGGCAGAUGUGUUCUCGUAUGGAAUUAUCCUCUGUGAGAUUAUAGCUCGGAUACAGGCGGACCCCGAUUAUCUGCCACGCACAGAGGUGAGCGCUAAAGGACUGUGAGUAGCUUAUGUUCCAGUUGCUGUGGUUUUUAAAGGGACAGUAUGUCCUUAACCGUGUGAGUGUAGAGCUCAGUAACAUACUGUGCCACCAGAGCGGGCAACAUGCAUAUUUCUAUUAUUAUAUAGUGCCAACAUAUUGAGUAGCGCUCUACAACCAGAGAAAGGGGAUAUUUAACAAGUAAUUGACAUAAAGAAUAUUAAUAGAGAUAAAGGGUGAAGUCGGCCCUGGUCAAUGAGCUUACAGUUCAUUGUACAGCGCUGCAGCAUUUGUUGGUGCUAUAUAAAUCACAAUAAUGAGCAUUUGAGUUUGGUAGAUAUUAUUGUUAGGCGUCACACACCCUGGGACACUUACUGGUGAGGUUGUCUGACCGGGAUUCAAACAUGGGAUUUCUCUAACUAUCUGUCCAGAAUCCAAGUUCUGUAUAUACGUUUUGACAGACACCAUACUGCACUCCACUACAGUGAUUCCCAGUCUUCCACCACAGCACAAACUGAUAAUAAAUUGGGGCUCCCUGAGUACAGCUGGGGCUAAAACAGAUUUAUUGGGAAUUGCAAAUAUUAAGCCAAAAUAGUUGAGCUGGAAAUAAUGGCUAAGUUGAUGUUUGUUGACUUUCCAUAAUUCCUGGCUUCAUAAAACAUUUGAGUGUUUGUGGUUUUUCUUGUACUAGAGCUCCACAAAUAGUUUUUUCCAUGUCUCUACUAUCCUAAGGAAUUAGACGGGAAAACGAAUUGGUAAAAUCUGCCACGCUUGUCUCUGAUAGACUGAUAAAACACUGCUUAGAUGACACGUUCCCUUUUCAUUCCCUGCAGUGUGACCUGUGCAUUACAGCCACUGCACGGUGUGUGACCUGUGCAUUACAGCCACUGCACGGUGUGUGUGACCUGUGUAUUACAGCCACUGCACGGUGUGUGUGACCUGUGAAUUACAGCCGCUGCACGUUGUUUGUGACCUGUGCAUUACAGCCGCUGCACGUUGUUUGUGACCUGUGCAUUACAGCCGCUGCACGUUGUUUGUGACCUGUGCAUUACAGCCGCUGCACGCUGUGUGUGACCUGUGUAUCACAGCCGCUGCACGCUGUGCACAGGUGUGUGUGUGACCUGUGUAUCACAGCCGCUGCACGGUGUGUGUGUGACCUGUGUAUCACAGCCGCUGCACGGUGUGUGUGUGACCUGUGUAUCACAGCCGCUGCACGGUGUGUGUGUGACCUGUGUAUCACAGCCGCUGCACGGUGUGUGUGUGUGACCUGUGUAUCACAGCCGCUGCAACGGUGUGUGUGUGACCUGUGUAUCACAGCCGCUGCACGGUGUGUGUGUGUGACCUGUGUAUCACAGCCGCUGCACGGUGUGUGUGUGUGUGACCUGUGUAUCACAGCCGCUGCACGGUGUGUGUGUGUGUGACCUGUGUAUCACAGCCGCUGCACGGUGUGUGUGUGUGUGACCUGUGUAUCACAGCCGCUGCACGGUGUGUGUGUGUGUGUGACCUGUGUAUCACAGCCGCUGCACGGUGUGUGUGUGUGUGUGACCUGUGUAUCACAGCCGCUGUGUGUUACUACCCUGCAAAAUGCAACGCUUCCGUUAGCUCUGGUGAAAUCUGAGGAAUGUGAGACAGGUUUGUUAAUUCUGCUCAUUUCGCAAUUUUCACCUCGUUGACACGUUUACUUACUGCGUGGGUUAAGAGUUUAACAUGUAGGUGCUGCCUUUUACUGCGUGCUGUCUUUCACGUGGUGAAUUAUGUGGCCAGUAAAUGGAGUAGAUAACAGUCUAUUCCUAAAGCCAAACCAUUUGAAUUCCUAGUUACUGUGACACAAUCCCCUGAAUGUUAUCAGUGCUCUCUGUAGUCACAGCUUGGAACCUGCUUAACCCUUGCUAACCCUGGAUCGGGCUAGGCGGAUGUAUAUAUAGGAGGUAGUAAUUCAUAGUCAUCGAAAAGUAAUGUUUCUUUAACAAUUCCUCUCUUUUGCAGAACUUCGGCCUGGAUUAUCACGCCUUCCAGCACAUGGUAGGAGACUGCCCCCCUGACUUCCUUCAGCUUACCUUUAAUUGCUGCAAUGUGAGUGUUCCAACAAUUUCACUAAAUGUACAAACUGAAAUGAACUGGACAACAAUGACUAUUUCAAAAUAUUCUGUAUUCUUCAAAUUAACCCAACAGACCUUGGGGCAGUGUUAGGUUAUUAGAACACCUCAAGAUACUGCGUGCUAGCCCAAUGUUAAAUGAAUUAUGAUUCAAGUUAAUUUUAGUGUUGUAAUGGCAGUGUCCUUUUUGAGGGGGGGGGGGUUGCAUUUUUACAUGGAUCCUUCAAGUUAACAAAUCUACAUCCCUGGUAGCACCGGGGGGGGGGGGGGGGGCACGUGUACUUCAAGUUGUUUCAUCUCGAUACUUUCCAUCUACCAGUCCAGCUCCAGGACCGUGGGGUCUCUGUGCACCGAGAUGCCCUAGGUGGGUGAGAAUUGGAUUGUUUCUUAAUUGCCUCCAUGAGUGAUGGCUGAUAGGAAAUGGCAGCUUCCCCUUUUCACCUUUAGCCAAAAAUCAGCUCUCGUAGCUCAGUGUAGUCCCUACGUUAUCGGAUUUAUAUCUUUUGACUUGUGAUGAAAUUGCAAACAAUCUGCGCAAGCUUUUCUAUUAAAUACAGUAUGUACUAAAUCCAGUGAUGUACAGUUCCCAUCAUCCUCAGCCAGCCUGAUUCCUUCCUCAUACAGCUCUCAGCAGAGUCUGCAUGGGUCUCUGUGUAACCUCCAUAAUAUGAGAAGAGUUCUAAUGGUUUCCGGCUUGCAAGCUGCCGUGGCUCUCAGGGUGAGAAAGGAAGUUUGUUUUCUUCGUUAAGGAAGUUAUCCAGCGAUUUUAUGUGAAAAUUCUUUUCUGAGUGAAUUCCCCAAAUGGCCAAGUGCAGGAAAUUGACACAUGUUUAGAUGAUUGCAACUUUGUUAUUCGUGUAUAAAUUGGCUCUAAAAUCUAUUUUAGAAAGUUCCCAUUCACCUGCUGGCUUGGUACGUAAUAACCUGUGUGUCCAUAAACUUGAAUUGUGCUGUACAUAAUCAAGCCAGACUGAGGACUUCCUCAGUGUAUAACCCUUGGAAUGACAUCACAGCACAUUAUCUACACAGACCGUGUUCUACUAGUGCCCACUGGCAAAAGGUUUCAUAAAUACGUAAAGCAGUGAGCGCCGUGUGACUUUAAAGGGGUUUAUUAAUUCUUCAGAUGAAGAGCAUAAUGCAAAGUGUGGGUGUGUGGGUGUCUUCUGUGUUUUCCUCCCUCAAGUGUUGCUACUCCCGUUUCUGUCUUCCCCCGUUAAUGGUGCUACCAUCAGCUCCACCGCGCAGACUCGCUGCCUAGGUGUUCUCUUUGACUACGACCUCUCCUUCACCCCUCAUGUUCAGUCUAUCGCCAAAUCCUGCCGCUUCCAUCUUAAAAACAUUGUGUGCAUCCGCCCCUAUUUAACGCCAGAUGCGGCUACGGUGCUGGUCCAUUCCAUUGUCCUUUCUCGCCUUGACUACUGUAAUCUGCUUCUCAACUUGCCCCAAUGCAGUCUAUAAUAAAUGCGGCGGUGAGGCUCGUUUUCCUGUCCGUCCGCACCUCCCAUGCCUCACCCCUCUGUCAGUCCCUACAAUGGCUUCCUGUAGAAUAUAGGGCUCAAUAUAAAAUUCUGGUUCUUACUUUCAAAUCUCUACAUAAUGCUGCUCUGACCGAUCUAUCCUCCCUAAUACACAAGUAUGUCCCGUCUAGGCCCCUGCGCUCUGCCGAAGACUUACGUCUAUCCUUUGUUCGUACUCCCACCUCUGACGCUCGUAUCGAAGACUUCUCUAGGGCUGCACUGUUCCUGUGGAACUCCCUUCCCUUUUCUGUUAGACGCUCACCCAGUCUCCACUCCUUCAAAAAAAUCAUUAAAAACUCACUUUUGGGGCGUGGCCUAACGAGCAACGCGGAUGGUCGCUCGGAUCUGAGCUCCGCAUAACGCUGGCCCGACAAAGCGAAGACAAAAGCAUUAAUCAGCUCCCAAAGACCCACCUGCGACCUGGCAACAUGGCCAACACAACCAAGAAGAAGCAGGGCGAAAAAGCGGACCGAUCCGUCUUUUUUGCAGCCAGAGCGUCGACGCCUAAAGCCGCAGGCCUCACAGACUGAGACCAAGAUGGCGACGGCGGGAACGACACAGUGCCACUACAGUCCUCCCCUGAGCCGCAAAAUCUACCGGUCACACAAGAUUUUUUGCAAAACUGCCUGGAGGACAUGUCCACCAAGAUCCUAACCUCCUUACAGAGCACUCUGAAAGAGCUCCGCAGAGAUGUGCAGGAGCUGGGAGAUCGGAUGACACACGUGGAACAAAAGAUGGAAGAUCAGACUGCUGCACACAAUGAUGUGGCAGACCAAGUGCAGCAUAUGCAACAGCAACUGGAAUACACACAGCGCAAGGUCAUGGACCUGGAGGACCGCUCUAGACGCCAGAACCUGCGGCUCCGGGGUAUCCCAGAAGAGGUGAAGCAGCCAGACCUGCAUGCAUUCCUGAUCGGAUAUUUUAAAGAAUUGGCGCCAGAUUUACCUGCAGAGGUACUGCUCCUAGACAGAUACCACAGAGUACAGAAGCCAACGUUCCUACCGCAAGACACCCCUAGGGAUGUGCUCACACACCUACACUACUUCCUCGUGAAGGAGGCACUACUCCAAGCUACGAGAGGGGGUCGCGAUCUGCCACAGAAAUACAAACACAUCAAACUCUUCACAGACCUGUCGGCAGCCACACUGCAAAAGAGAAAAGAAUUUAAAGACGUCACGGAAGCACUGCGCCAGAACAACGUCCAAUACAGAUGGGGAUAUCCGAUCCGUCUGCUGAUACGGAGAAAUGGUACGGUGACGACAGCCAACACACCUGAAGAGGGACGGAGACUCCUGCGCACCUGGAACAUCCCAGUGAACCCAGUGGGGAAGAACAUGGCCGCACCAGCCAUGCUAUCCCCGGAAUGGAAAAGAACCAAGAAAUGAACUGAACAGUUAAAAUAAAGACUGUGAAGUACAAUAGUCCGCAGUCCCGGCCACGGACGGGCAACCACUCGGCCGCAAGUAUAAUAGACAUUGCACCACACCACGGAGUUGUAUACACAAUGCCAGAUAAUCACGCACACACGACAGACACGCAGACGACAGGGAACAAACACGGGGGGGAAAAAAAAAACACUUUUGCCCAACGAGAGGGCAGAGAUAUUCCAAAGCACACCACUCAGGACAGGAAAGAGAUACACAUGUGUUGCGCGCAAAAAAAAAAAUCCCACGAAAGGAGAAGUAUACUGCCAUUAUGAUGCACACCAUAAUUAGGCAUUACCAGGCCCUACACCAGGGCAGUUAAAAUACAGCUGCCUAAAGAAACACGACAGCAAAUAUCGGGCUCAGCAAGCUCACACAUAAACCUUUACCCUCAGAAACACACAAGACAACCACGUCCACACACGGCACUAUUUAGCUGGUGCCUAACCCUACAUUGGGAAAUGCAAAUAAUUGUUAUUGUUCUUGUAUAUAUGUUGAUUGAUGUAAUGCUUCAUUUGUAUGUUAUGAACACCUGUUACAUUAGUGUUCACCACCGUCCAACCCACCCCACCCAUCUCACCCCCACCAGUAGGGUACCAAAACCCAGGGUACUGAACAAAGUUGAAGAGCAUGGGCAGCAAAGAGGGAAUACACGCACGCAGGGGAAACCGCAGGAAAUCCAGUCGGCCGACUGGACCAGGGGCAGCAAAGACACGACGCAAAAGUGCAGUCUCAGGGCUAACGGGAGAGUAGGAAGGAAUACAGGGAGAACCCCACCAGAUAUAGGUCCGCAUUACCAAACAGCAAUACACUCCAUAAAACAUGAAAAUAUAUUGCCAUAACGUAAAAGGGUUAAACAUCCCAGUCAAAAGACACUGCCUAGUCCGGGAUCUGCGCAGAGUACGCCCAGAUGUUGUAUGCCUACAAGAAACCCACCUCAAGCAGACGACGACCAUAGCGCAGGCAUACUUCCCCACGCAGUACCAUAGCACCUAUACGUCCAAAACAGGGGGGGGGGUCAGUCCUAAUCAGUAAGGAUGUGUCCUUUAAGCUGAUAUAUGAACACGUAGACAAUCAAGGGCGAUACAUAAUACUGGUCUGCGAAAUCAACAACGCGGAAUAUACGAUAAUCAACAUAUACGCACCAAACACGAACCAAAGAAACUUCUUACAUAAACUGCUCACACAGCUAGCACACCUACAAAGGGGAAUCACUUUCAUAUGUGGGGACAUGAAUCAUAUUCUGGACCCACGACGGGACACGUCGGUCCCGAUCCACACACCUAGAGCGGCAACACUGACGCGGGAAUGCAAACCUCUAACACGACUGAUGAGUGAGCACGAUUUGUAUGAUGCAUGGAGAGUGCUGCACCCGGAGGAGAGAGACUUCACUUUCUUCUCCCAAGUGCACAACACUUACUCACGCAUAGAUGGGUUUUACAUAAAAGGCACAUUCCUCAACCAACUAAAGGAUUGCUCCAUAGGCACCCUCACGUGGUCAGACCACGCCCCUGUCACCUUAGAACUACAUGACGCUUAUGAAUAUAAGCAUCGCAGCCCCUGGCGGCUCAAUGAAUCGAUACUACACAACGAGCAUUUCGGCGAGCAAUUAGCCGAAGAUAUUAAGCAGUACUUUAAGACAAACACGCACCCAGACACCUCCCCUGAAACCCUAUGGCUAGCACAUAAACCAGUAAUCAGAGGACUGAUCAUAGGGAAAACCAGCGCGUUAAAGCAGAAAUCACAAGCAAAACUAAAGGAACACUUGACAGCCCUCUCCCGCCUAAUAAACAAAACCAAUUGACCCCAACACCGCUGUUAAAAACACAAAUACAAGAGAAGUUAGAGGAAAUCAAGACACAUGACCUGGCGAAGAUGGGAUUUAGCCUUAGGAAACUCAAAGCAACACAAUACACGCAGGGGAACAGGGCAAGCAAACUUUUAGCCAGACGACUAACACAACAAAGCAUAAAGGCAAAAAUCCCAUACCUGCUGAACCCACACGGGGAAAAAAAAGUGACACCAAAAGAAAUAAGCGACAUUUUUGCCGAUUACUACACGACACUGUACAAUCUAGAGCAAGACCCUAACACAACACAUCCAACUCCUGGACACAUAGAGCGCUACUUGGACAACAUAACCCUACCCUCUCUAUCGGAGGAGCAAAUAGAAUCCCUACAAGUCCCCAUCACCACAACGGAAGUCCUGCAAGCCAUCACACGCUUACCCCCUGGGAAAGCACCCGGCCCUGACGGUCUUACGAACACAUAUUAUAAAAAAUAUGCGGGAAUACUAGCGCCCCACCUGGCACACCUGUUUAACGCAGCAACCCAAAAAGGAGGCGCGCCAGCGGAAAUGCUGGGGGCCCACAUAGUCACUUUACCCAAACCGGGAAAAAACCCCACCUGCAGUCAAAACUUUAGACCAAUUUCACUGCUCAACACUGACACUAAACUAUAUGCUAAAAUCCUAGCCACUAGACUGACCCACAUCAUCCCCACAUUAAUACAUGACGAUCAAGUGGGCUUCACCACUGGGCGACAAGGGUCGGACAAUACAAGAAAAGUAGUGGACCUCCUAUCCCUACUCCGUAGCCGGGGGUGGGGGGGUCCUCCUAUCCCUGGAUGCGGAAAAGGCAUUUGAUCGUCUAAACUGGUCUUUCCUGCAAGAUGUACUCUAAAAAUACAAGUUCCCCCAGGGGUUCUUGAGGGCAGUGCAGGCAUUGUACUCCCACCCCACAGCUAGAGUACUCAAUGCAGGGUUUAUAUCUAAGCAAAUCACAAUAACCAAUGGCUCUCGACAGGGCUGCCCCCUAUCCCCGCUAUUGUACAUCCUAGCGCUGGAGCCACUGGCAGCAGCGAUAAGAGCAAACCGUUCCAUAAAGGGUAUAACCCUGGGAGACAGAGUAUACACUCAACCUUUUUGCAGACGACAUCCUUGUAACGAUCACACACCCCCUCACAUCCCUGCCAAAUUUAAUGACACAAAUACGUGAAUAUGGGGAGGUCUCGUACUACAAGCUGAAUAUCACCAAGACGCAAGCCCUAGGGAUGGGACUUAAUGCGGACCUGUUGGGCAGGUUACAGACGGCAUUCCCGCUGGACUGGAGAAACGACUACUUGACGUUUCUGGGACUUAAGUUAUCUAAAAACCCGGCACACCUUUUUAAACUAAACUACGAGCGCAUACAAACAGAAAUCAUAGACGCCAUACAAAAAUGGAGAGGUAAAUUUCUUUCGUGGACAGGCCGCAUAGCAGCGGUAAAGAUGACACUCAUACCUAAAAUCCAGUACCUAUUUAGAACACUACAAAUACCCGUCCCGAAACGGUUUCUAAAAAGCGUACAACACUCAUUAAACACAUUCGUCUGGGAAGGGAAAAAGGUACGAGUAGCAGCAGGAACACUACACCAAACAGUGAGCAAAGGCCCCGCAGUGGGUAGCAAUAGAAUCCCACUGGGCCCCACAACACAACCUCAGGGCGGUACUAUGGCUACAGAAGUGUCCCAAACACAUAAGAGAAAACCUGCUACCCAGCACACAGAACUUGAUGAGGGUAUGGAACACAAUGAGAAACAAUUUGGUGUCCAAUCCCAAAUUACCCCUGGCCACACCAAUACAAACAAUAGGCAUGGAAAUACCUACAUUCCGCGAAGACGCCUGGAAGAGAGGGGGAAUACACCACAUAUACCAGGUCAUUGACAGAGGCAAACUGAAAACACUACCAGAUAUACAAACGGAAUACACACUGCCCACCACAAUCACAUUUUCCUACCUGCAGCUCAAAUCAUAUAUAACAGGCAAACUAAGCAAACAACCGGGUAUAGAAGACGAAGCUACCAUGACAGUUUUUGAACAACAAUGUGUAGGAAUAGCACCACUAAAGAAAUCAAUGUCAUGGGGAUACCAUAAGUUAACCUUAACACAAACGCAUACACUAGAACAGAUCAAGAAAGACUGGCACAGGGAAAUAGGUCAGACAUUCCCAAGGGAAAUCUGGGAGAGGUCCUACUCGGUCCACAGAGGACUAACAGCGUGCGCAUCGCAUUUGGAACUGCAGCGCAAAAUUAUGUACCGAUGGUACUUAGUGCCCGCAAAACUACAUGCAAUAUGGCCGCACACAAGUAACAAGUGCUGGAGGUGCGGGGGGGAGGUAGGCACAAUGCUUCACAUCUGGUGGUCCUGUGACAAAAUAAGCCCAUUUUGGGAAGCGGUGUCCACACUCCUGAACGACAUAAUGCAUAAUAUAAGGGUGGACACACCACAAGAAUGCCUAUUAUUCAUGCUACCAACCAACAUCCCAAAACAUCUUAAAAUCAUUAUAUACCACACUUUAAUAUCAGCGAACUUGCUGAUAUCCAGGCUAUGGAAACAAACCACAACACCAUCAAUAGCCGAGUUGAUGAGGCAAAUGGACCUUAAUUGGUCUUAUGAGUUAAUGGCAACGACACAAUUCGGAACCCGCCCGAGUAUAAGGGAAGCCCACGAGAUGUGGGAAAAAGGCAAAAAACCCGCAAAUGAGUACCAAGAUACAAUACCAGCCCCCUCGUCCCCCCCCGUCCCCCUUCCACUCAUCCAUGCCGGGGAAUGCUGAAUGCACCACACAGUAAAGGAUACAUAGCGAAGUAUCGAGCACCAACAUGUAAUCGCAGGAGAGGGGGGAAGAGAAAAAAAUAAAAAAAAAAUAAAAGUAUAACCGCUACCAAAUAACAAGGCACAAACGCCACCGGGAAACGAGGCAAUUAGUAAUCUGGCCAUGUACGCAACAAAAUACCUUCACCCAAACAGACUCUAGUACCCGAAACUAAAACAGACCAAAACAAGGGUAAAACUCACAACAAAAACAUGAAGGGGCUAUUUGACGCAUCAAAAAGUGUAAAAAGUGUAAUAGAGUUAACAAACCAACCGCUGUAACAUGCAACUUGUACCCUGCACCCCUCCCUUUAUCUUUUGUACCCCCUUACCCCACCCAUAUUGUUUUGUGAUAUGUGAUUGACUAAACCAAAACACGAAUAAACUUCAAGUUGUAAAAAAAACUCACUUUUGUCACUUUACCCCACUCCCUCUAGCAUGUAAACUCAUUGAGCAGGGCUCUCAAUCCCUCUGUUACUGUGUCACUAUACCCCACUCCCUCUAGCAUGUAAACUCAUUGAGCAGGGCUCUCAAUCCCUCUGUUACUGUGUCACUAUACCCCACUCCCUCCAGCAUGUAAACUCACUGAGCAGGGCCCUCAAUCCCUCUGUUACUGUCACUAUACCCCACUCCCUCUAGCAUGUAAACUCAUUGAGCAGGGCUCUCAAUCCCUCUGUUACUGUGUCACUAUACCCCACUCCCUCUAACAUGUAAGCUCACUGAGCAGGGCCCUCAAUCUCUCUGUUACUGUGUCACUAUACCCCACUCCCUCUAGCAUGUAAACUCACUGAGCAGGGCCCUCAAUCCCUCUGUUACUGUGUCACUAUACCCCACUCCCUCCAGCAUGUAAACUCCCUGAGCGGGGCCCUCAAUCCCUCUGUUACUGUGUGUCCAACAUGUCUGGUUAGAAUUACAUGUUGGUACACCCACUGUAAAGCGCUAUGGAAUUUGUUGGGGCUAUAUGAUAAUAUAGUAAUUUUUUACUGCAGGUUUGUACGGAAGCCCAGAGAGGCCAUGUAUUUUUAAUAUUUUAUUUUGGACUUCUCUCGGUAAAACAAGUUGCAUGGCGAGAAUUCUCUGUAAUAUUUUGCAGCCAGUGGGGUUGGGAGGGAGUGGUUGCGUUUUAUUUAUUUUAACCCUUACCUGAGCUACCCAGGUAACCCUUCAUUAGUCAAAUCUCUUUCUACCUUGGGACUUACCACGUACUGCAUAUGCAUUUAUAUGUAGGAAAAACCGAGCCGGAAUUGUUCGACAAUGCGUUCCAAUUUGUAUUUAUUUUUUAAACAUGCUGGCUGAUUUAAAGCUCUUCCACAUCAUUUUGGAAGAUAUUUUAUUUAAUGAACUCCCUCAGAAUUGCCUCAUGAAAUGUCCUAAUUGAUUUUUAUCUGAAGCGUAGUGAAUUUCUUAUUGCAUAUGAGUAUAACUGUAUGAAUACUGACUGCAAUGAGCACAGAACUGCAAAUAUCAGUAAAUCGCAACACUGGCAGUGUAAAGGAAGGCUUCUGCCCUGAAAUCAGCACAAAGCAGGAUUAGUAUUUUACACAAUCAUUCUAUAAAAUGCGCAUAGAGCUUUCUUCAUUCUACAUAACAUGGCAAUCGAAAUUCAAUGUCGGUAUAUUGUAUAACGAUACUGCUGGGUUCUUUGGAUGCAUCUUCUAAUCGGUGAACUGUCUGUCUGCAGAAUUGUAUUAAUGUUCCUUGUGCUAAAGAUAAAAACCCACAAUUUAUUUCCUCUCAAUCUACUUCUUAAAUAAGAAAAAAAAUCUAUUUCCAUUUAGCAAAGUAACGUUUAAUGUGGCAGCCGCCCACCUCUCAUUACCUGGGAGAUUAGUAAUGAGAACCUCUCUAUAUUUGGUAAAAGCACAGUGAAUCUUCUUUAUUUUGAAUUGUACUGAGGUUUUUGUGUUUAUUAUUUUUUUUUUUAUUAAAUACCUAAUUUUGUGAAUUGUAUACUUUGCUAGAUUGUUCGAUUUCCUGCAUUUAUUUAUUUUUUGUAAUUGUCUUUUGAAUUUAUUUAUUUUUUUAUAUAUAAAUCAGAUGGACCCAAAGCUUCGACCUACCUUUGCGGAUAUUGUGAAACAGCUUGAACAAGCACUAAAUCGUUUGAAAAAUGAAGAGGCCGAGAAUGAGAGACGGGCCUUGAGCCCAGACAAUACAGAGACAAAACCUGUCACAAAAGGUGAGUCUGUGUCUCUCAUCUGAAUGUCUCCUGUCUGUGCCGACCAGGUCAGCGACUGGAUCACCAAUAUUCUGUUACAGAGUUUCAUGUUUAACUCUCUGAGAUGUGACCAAUACCUUUCAUCGUCCAAAUACGUGGGCAGGAAUUCAGCUACAGCUUGAUUCCUUUACUAAGAGGAGGCGCCUCACUCUGGUCUAUUGGAUCUGAUAUUAUCCCAUAAAUUAAUGCUCAGCAGCUGUGGUUCCCAUGAUCUAGAAUAAUUAGUGGAUCUGCAAGCUGGUAGCAGAUGUGCAUUGGCUGCUGCAUGGUUUUUUUUCACCAGUUUUGUGAGCUAGGCUGUAGGCAGCGAUUGCCUGAGCUGUAGUUCGGCUCUCACUGGGGAGAAGAGUUUCCUGCCUGUGUUCAUUGUAUGUACGCAAGAUGAUAUUGACAAAGCAGAAAUUAAAUAUAAUGUGAUUUAAUUUCAAAAGUACUUCUGUACAUUGCAGUAUAUGACAUGUUGCUUAUUAUUUUUUAGCUAUUAAAUUAGUGUGCAUUACACUCACUCUUAUUUUAUUUUUUUCUGCUAAAGGAUCCAGUGAUAAACCUCAAGGAGUGAAGCGCCUAAUUUCCACUGUGCCACAGGAUGACAAGAUCCCACAAAAAUCCCCACGUCCACGGAGGAAUAUUACUCUGUCCCGCAGUCAGUCGGAUAUCUUUGCUCGCAAACCUGUCUGUAAGAUCAAUGUGCAGGACCCAUUCUACACCCCGAACAAAGGAGGGCUGCGCAAAGUAAACCCUUUUAAUGCCAGAGAAGACCUAAGGGGAGGAAAGAUCAAGUUCUUUGACAUGCCCAGCAAGUCCGUUAUCUCUCAUGUCUUCGAUUUACAUUCCCUUAAAACUGGUGGGAGUCUUUUGGCAGGGCAGGAUUGGCAGCAGGCGAGCCAAGACAUUGUGGACUGCUCCUUUAACUCUGGAAGACGCUGCAGGUCACUGCCGAUUUCUCCUGAACUACCAAAAAAGGACUCGAGCUUAUCCAGUGCCCUGUCCUCCACUGUGGGAAACUGUGAUCCAGCUCAGCUGGGGGCAGAAGUCAGGCAGAAGCUCCUUUGCAGCAUUAAAUAUGGUGUUCCAGAUAUCCCCCCUUUUCGACAGAGAUCGCCAGCUCUGGAGCCUGUUCUGACAAAUGACGAGGACAUGGACUGUACCGAUUACACCCAGGCAGAGAACAGUGCCUGCUCGCCCAGGACUGAAAGCCAUGAGCACGGUAAUCACAAUCAGCUGCUGGUCAAUCGUAACAGAUCUACUCCGCGUCCCCAGAGUCCGACUGACUGUUGUGUGGAGGAGAACUUGGUGAGCUUGCUAUUGAAUGCAGAGGACAUGGAAAUAGAGGACAAUAUGAACCAGAGCCUUUCCUCUCCCUUGCCUGAGUCAUCUCUGUGCUGUAGCCCCACGCCCAAACAUGGCAGCAUCACAUUACUUGCAGGAGAUGGGAAACAGACAGAAAGCAGAGAUCAUCUCUCUAACUCGGUGCCGACCUGCCACAAGCUGCAAAGGAUCGUUAGAAUGUGACAUUCAGGGGGUCCUUGCUGCCUGGGUGGGCUACUGACUUGUUCCCAGGCUUGCAUCCAAGUGUUUACCAAUUAUUGAAGCAGAACAUAAGUAAAACAUAGGAUUUUAAUUUUAUUUUAAGUGUGCAAUGAGAGACACACACUAUCACAGCAGCCAAAUGCCCAUCUUCAGAAGAGUCGUGUGGUAUAUAUUCUAUUGUUGGAUAACCUUCUGGUAUCCCAGAUUGCAUGACACACCCUGUUAUCAUAAAUGAGCUAUAAAUCUAAUAUUUCUACAUUAGUAUUUAAUAUUACAAUCUUGUUACGUGGGAGCAGGAGAUGUGACCUUGGAAAUAUAUUCUAUUUUUGAUACAAGCACUCGUUAGGAGCUUUAUGAUAUGCAGAUAAACAGGACUAAGACCUCACAGGUCACAGGCUAACGUUAUAAGAUUGUUCUAGUGUGGAAGAUAGGUAUAUUUAUGGACAUGUCAUUUGCGGACACUCUAACAUUUAGUCUGUAUGUUGUGCUAGCAGAACUGGCCUAUGUAUAGAAUAAAUGUUUUGCUUAUUUCAGCCCAGAGUUAUUCUGUGGGCAGUGUGCGUGUCUCGGGACUCCCACUAUUGCCGACUGAUAUCUUGCCCGUUUUUCUAAGAGGUAAAGAAGACCCUUAAUCAUAUCUUAUUUUAAAAGCCAGUUUAAAAUUAAGGUGAAUUUUAGUCCUCUUAAUUGAUGAAAUGUCCUUUAUUACAGUGUUAGCAUCCCUCUGUGAAUAGGCUUCCGAUCACUGCAUCUCAUCUACUUAUUUUAGUGUUUGUAGUGCUACAAACCUGUCCUUGAAUUAAAUCCUUGCUGAUCGUGAUAUUUAGUAUUUUUCCUUCCAUCACAAAUAUUUAUCUCUGCCUCUCAGGCCCCUCCCCUCUUCCCACUGAUGUCAUACAGAGAAGUAUCACUUCUCUGUUCACCGUUCCAACUACUUGUACAGUGUGAGCAUGUUCAUCCUGCUUAGGCUGUGCAAGACACACUUCACUUUAAGAAGCUCCAGGAAGGUGGCACCUAAUGCCAAAGACCACACAAAUGGUAUUUAAAAGGAAAGUUUGCUGUGACAGGAUCGGAGCACCAUAACUACAACAAGCUGUAUUUACAGUGCUUGGAAUGUUUCUUAUUCAUAACAAACAUUUUUCUCUUUCUAUCUCCUUGUGUGAGAGUAGAAUGGCACACGGAAUGGGAAUUUCAGACCGCUUGAGUGUAAAUUUAAAUGAAUAUUCUGGUGGGGUUUUUUUGUUUUUGGUUAGCAGUAACUGUCAAUUUGCCUUUUUUAAAUAAUGAUUAUGGAUUGUAUUCUCCAUCCUUCCUUACUGACUCUUUAUGCAGCCUAUAUGGUAGUAGUAUUCCCUCACAUUAACUAUUGUAGGAAAUUUAACGCUGAAAUGGCUAAAGGAUCUCUUAGAACAACCACACUCUGCGCAGCAGAUAACAUGGUAAGCGUUGGAAAGUGAAGAGUGAACAGAUUUGUACAGAUUCCUUUCUUGAAGGGACAUGCAUCACUUUGACACCGCAGUCUCAUUCAAAAGCUAGCUCUGAACAAGAGUUACCUUGCUCUGCAGGCUGAAAAAGCAGGUAAUGUGCGUUUUUCACAGUUACUUGCUUCUUUCGGAUGCUUUUCACACCCUCUCCAGUGGGGGCACUGAUCUUAAUCAAUCAGUAUCCUAUCCCUAGGAAUGCUGAAAAGCUCAUUGGGCUUGGCUGACAGACUUACACAGUUGCAGUUGGAUCUCUUAAUCUUGCAAAUCCUGACAGGAGAAGAGAGUGAGUCUGAUUAAUAUGAUCGUGCAAAGCAGGCUUUGGUAUCGGAUUCUCGCUGCUGCUGCACAAUGAUGCCUGAUUCUGUUAGUAGUCGACUGGUGUAAAACUGAGGGGGGUGCGAGGAUGAAGAGACUCACUGAAGUGAGAGGCAUGCCCAAUAAUGCAAUAUGACCAAAUUAAUAGUAACUUGUACUUGUAACUUUAUUUGGUUUGUAUAUUUGUUUAUAAGCUUUGCUUCCUGCUUUUUUUUUUUUUUUAAGAAAAAAGCCACAUUCUCAAUUGUCAAGUGAUGAAUGUCCCUUUGACAGUUUCAGUGUUCAUCCAAUUUCAGAAAGUGCAUGUUGCUGCAUACUAUACGGUUAUUCAGCCUGAUAUCUAUGUCUGACAAACUGUUUCAUGGUCUCGAACGCAUUUAUCCUUCGUUAAACCGUUUUGCAAGUCACUUGGCUCCAGUCUGGUAACUCUGGCUGCCCCUCCUAACCAGAGGUGAUUGUGUAAACACACGUGUGACCAUAACGGUCUAGCUGUAGCUAGUUUAACUGCUGCAUUGCUACAGCAUAGAUUGAUCAACCCAUCUGGUUAGGAGCUGAGGCUUCUCACCUUGUUUUAUUCUAUAUAUAUUUUUUUAAUAAAGAGUUUUUUUAAAUUAAUGUGAAAAAUAUAAUUUUAAAAUACUUUGUUUUUAGUUUCGUUCCAGUUUGCAUCACGACCUUUCUGAUAUCUGACUGCGCAGGUUUGCUGCAGUGAGUGUCUGACAAACCUGGGAAAUAUGAUUGCAAAAUGGAAAAUCUAUAAUCCCUAAUUUAAGUUCUGUCAAGAGGUAGAGCCCUGUAAAUAUAGUUUUUUCCUAGUUUUGUAGUAGGUUUUUUUUUUUUUUUUUAUAAUUGUUUCUCUUGUCUGCCAUCCCUACCUGCUUCCUGUGCUGCGUCCUCUCCAUAUUGUACUUACAGAUUGUUGGACUUCUGUUACGAGUGCCAGUUUUGCUUAAUUCAAUAGACCUAUGACACUGCCCCCUUGUGACGGUACAUUACAUAACACGAUCUGACUUGAUAAGUACAGACGAGGAUUAAAACACACCUUUAUAGUGCCGUAAUAGUAUGACGACUUGAUCUUUAGCAACUGCUAUGUAAAAGGCUAUGGCAUUAGCAGCGAUACUUGAAAGUACACAUUUCAAGAGGGCUAAUUUCCUAUAAUUCUGUUUACGCUGCUUCAGUUGGUCUGUAAGAACCAAAAUUCAAUGUCCAGAGUGAUCACUGUACAGAAAGCAGCAUCUCUGGGACAAACCCCUACCCUUUAUACAAUGUGCUCCCAUACUGGCCCUUUAAGGACUCAUUCUGCAGGGAUCGCGUAUAGCACAUUUUCUGAAAUUACCCUUAGGAGAAUGUAGUACUCUCAGAUAAUUUGUGCCUGGAUUUGCUGUUUCUACUGUUUGACAGGGUGACCACAACACUCUUAAUGGAUGAUGGGAGCAGUAGUCCACCUCAGUAACCUCCUUAACACGCCGGGGAGAGAAUGCCAUGAAUGAACUAUAAACAAGGCUAGAACAGGAUUUGCCUGCCCAAAAUUGUGUGUGUACAGGAAGUUUGAAUUGCUUUAUUUUCCUAUCAGUGUCGUAUAUCAGAUAUGAUUUGUGCAUAUGGCAAGCUGGUAAAAGUAGUGGAGAUUUUCCACCUUAAUAGCGAUGUUUUAAAAUCUAUUUCCGGCCAAACGCUGAGAAAGACUUUGAAUGUUUUUACAAGCAAAGAUCAGAGUGAUGUGUGCCAGGAAUUUCUAAAGAAUAAUAGCCAAUAAAUGUUAGACAUUUUUAGUUUAAUCUUACAAUUAUAGUGUACUUAUUUUAAGUUAAAAUUGUGAAAAUACAUUUCAGGCUAGGGCGGCUGCACACAGCACCAUGUAAUGGGUUUAAAAUAUUAAAUUCCUUUCAGUGCGGCAGGCCAGUUUAUUGAUAUGCUAUUACCCAGAGUAUUAUUGAAGUGGUGGUUAGAAUACAAUCUACAUGUGUUUUUGUCAUUCCUGUGCUCCCUAAUUUUGCAUGUGGUGUGUGAUUGCACAUCUUUGUUGGGAUUCUAUGUUUGGGGUGGGCAUCUUUGGAAGCAUUUAUAAUAUAUUACCUGUAUGCCCACAUCAUUAAUUACAUUAAAGGGGAGCAGUAACUGCUUAAAAUCAUUUAAUUUAUUACCAGGCCAAUUAAAGUGUCGAUUUUGCAACACACUUAAGAUACCUGUAUAAACGAGAUUGCUACUUUACCUAGACUCUUUUUGGAGGGAGAAGGAUUUAUACCUGCAUACUCAAGUUCUGGAAAAACAUGCCCUUUUCUUUGAAUUAUUCAGUGUUUUGUUUUAUUUUUGUUGAUUCAGUGUAAAUUAGUAUUAUCCCUGACCCAGUAACCCACACUAUGGGUAUUCGAUGUAUAAAGAAUAAGAAGACUUGUCUUCUGCCGUUUUGUGGGUUAUUUGACUCAUUAUCUUCAUUUUAAUCUCUGACCUGCAGGCAAAUGUAUUUCACGGACCCCCCCCCCCAUCUGUUUUAUAAACAGUAGUCCCAUGAUGCCUUACUACUUUGCCACCCCUGAAGCACACUGUAUAGCAAUAGAUGCAGGCUGUUUGUAAACCAUGAAAAAGAAUAGCCUUUUAUGAUAUUCACAGCUGUUUACUAAAUAAAAGAAGAAUUCAAGGCCUAGUUCGGUUCCUCUUAGUACAUUGCCAUCUCAUGCAGCAUUUGUUUUUAAAUAGUAAUAAUUGGAAGAAAACAAAAUCCUAUUUGCACUUAAUGUUACUUUUCUGCUCUUACGACAUUUCUAUGCAAAAAAUAGUUUUUCUGCAGUUAGAUCUGGUCUGAAGCAACUUUUCAGUGAAAAAGUCUAUUUUCAUAUUUAUGAAGUUCUAUCAAGUCUUAAACUGUCCAUUUUUGUAAAUAACUGAGCUGUAAUUAAUUCAAGGACUUUGUGAUGUAAUUAAGUCAGAGAUUCUGUUUGUAACACUGCCAGUGAAUCUUGUUUUCUCUGACUUUUUUUCUUGUAUAUUUGCAUCAGUACCUGUCAAUGCGUUGAUCUUGCUAAUGAAUUGUUUCUUCACAGAAACCGUAUAUACACAGAUUUUGGGCUAAAUAUUUUACAUUUUUACUUUUUUGUGUAUAGUAAUUUCAUUCUUUCAGAUUAAAAGAUCUACAAUUAUACGUGUGUGUUUUAUUAAUUGAUACUCAUUUGGGAUUGUUGCUACCAAACGUUAAUCUUGUUAUAGUGGCUGUUGGUUCUAGUGGGUUAGAUGAGAACAUUAUUCAGUGUAGAUUGUGAGUGUGGUAUAUUACUGCAUACACUCUCUGCACUCAAAGCCUCCACUAAAUUUACAGGUUUAAAUGUUCUCACACUCCUCAAUAUCCCCAUAGAAAAGCAGAUUCACUGCUUUCCUGUGAGCAAGGCCUAAUGUGUGCUGGCACGGGAAAGAGGCAAGUAUUUAAAAGGAACUUAACACUUUCAGCACCUUGAUGGUCUAGACUAGGGGUUCCCAACCCACUCCUCAAGUACCCCCUACCAGGCCAGGAUUUAGGGAUUACCCUGUUUUCGUUCUAAAAACUCCUUAGACACAACUGGCUGAUCCCUAAAUCCUGGUCUGUUAGGGGGUACUUGAGGACUCGAUUGGGAACCACUGGUCUAGACAAUAGGUUUACGGCUAAGGGGGUACUAUGGCUUUAGAAAUACAAAAAGGUAUUUAAAACGCUAUAGUGUUCUUUUAAGUCUUGAAAUUUGGUUUUCAAUUCACUACACUUCUUUGUUCUGUUAACGGUAGUAUUUUAACUUCACAACCCAAAAACUACUUCCAAAUCACUUCUGGUUUUAGUUGAACUAUUUUGGUCUCAUAAAAUUUUCACACUUUAGUGAAUACCCAUGAUUCUGACUGGUGAAUUGUUACUUUGAAUUGCCAGAGGUCCUGUUCUACAUAAAAAUAAAUCCUUAGCGUCUUUGACAAAAAAAAAAACCCAAACCUCCAAAGGGUCAGUGCCUUUCCACAUCUAUUAAAAAGCAUAACCUCCAUCAAUGACCUGUCAUUUCCCUGUGUGCAGCAGAGAACAGCCCGCAGUAUAUUUAAUGUGACGCUUCUUUCCAAUCUGAUGGAGGUGGUUUGUCAAAAUGUUUUAGUAUUUAUAGAAUCUGGAAUGGAGAGUAUUGUGACUCAAGAAUGUGGUGGGAGGCUUUUUAUUAUUUUUUGGUCCCUGUGAAAAAGGCUAGGAGCCAACAGCUUAGAUCAUGGGUGUCCAAAAGGUAAGAUCCUCAGCUGUUUUAGAAUGACAAAGCAUCAUAGAAUCUGUUUUAAAACAUCUUGGAUCUAUCUUUUGCAAAAAGCAACCACCCGUGGUAGGUGGGGGAGGGGAGUGGACAACAGAACCUGAUUUGCUGGGUUUCAAGCUGUGUACCUGCAUGUUGCAUGAAUCUGCCUCGUCUAAGAAGCAACAGCAUAUGGAGAGGAGCGAGUCCUGGCAGCACUGUAUUCACAUAUUAAAAGAGUAUUCUCUACCCUAAGCAAAAUGCCUGCAAUCAGUGUUAACAACUGCACCCCUGCAGAAUAUACUCACAGGACCCUGAAUGUGAAGGAAGAGGGUAACACCGGGAGGUACAUUACCAGCCUGACGAAUGGAGAAAGCUUAUCGAAGCAGAACUGAUAAUUAAAUUCCACAAGUAGCUAUGCCAGUUAACAUGUAAUCUCAAUGAAUUCAUAUCUGCACAAGCUAGGCUACAGUGUUCUCUGGAAGUAUUUCUCAACAAGCACUGCCACUCUUAAAGGAAUCUCUGUACAAACAACCAAUUCUAGCACUUAGCAACUACAUAAGGAAACUAAAGAAAAUUCGGGGUGAAUUUCAAAUCCAUGUUCAAAGUAGCCAAAACAGAAAACAUAGCUGACUGAUUUCCCCCUCUAGUAAAGAGCCCUGUGAGCGUAUAAAACCAUUUCCUUAGCUGAUGCAGUGCUGAAUGGUGCAUGGAUACAUAUUUUCAUAAUUAUUAAAAUAAAUCCACAUUUAGAGACAUGUACACUGUAAUUACACACAAAAACCCAGAAAUGAUUUGAUGUGAAAAGUAAACAUCCCUUUCUUCCCACUACCGUGCAAUGUAGAGAAAUUAUAACAAGUGCCACAUGUAACUCGUUACCACCAUUCACUCAGGCCAAAUGGCACAAAUAAACUGCUUAGAGAACAGGAUACCCAUGUUCAAACUAACUAAAGGAAAACCCCAUGUUUAGGAAUUUUUGCCUUUAUAAUAGAAUAAAACAACCGUGAUUUGAUUUAAAAGAAAAGAUUGCCUGUUAUGAACUGUUAAAGAAGACAAGUCUCAUCUUCUGAAUGUGGGCUCUGGAAGACUUAGAAAAUAUGCUCUUUACUAUCUGAAGGGGCACAUUCUUCCCACUCAGAUAAACCUUAUUGUGACAAUCCGGGAGACAGCAGGAAGUCAGGGAAUUAGAACCUGGUUCUUUCUUCAGCAUCCAGACAUACCCGAUAAUAUAGCCAGUCAUAAAGGCAUCAAAACCAGCCCGGUGGGUGCCACUCUCGUUAUUCACCUGGCUUCCUAGCGUAGAGCUUUUAACAUUAAACACUGCCUUAUUGUAACCAGUAUCAGCAAGAGCCAUGCUAGUCUCUACUGCAAUAGGACUCUUUUCUGUGGCCAUAUGGUCCUUCACUUGUUCCUGUGGACUAGCAGCUGGUGGAAGAUCUUCCUCCAUCCUGCUAUCUGUGGUUUGCAGCUGAUCACAUUGUUCCACAAUUUGGCAUUUCUGCUCAGCAGCUGUCUGGGAACUCUCGGGAUGUGCACAGCUCUGCUUCAGUGGGGGCUCCUCAUCACAUACAAUGCAGGGAUUUUGCUCUGCUAUUUUUGUCUCUUCCACAGGAUGCUGUUCCACAUUCUUUUUCCUCUUCCUUCUGUUUCUCUUCUUUUUGUUGUCUUUGAAUUUUUCAUCCUCAUCAAUAAUAAGAUCAAUGUUGUGGGACUGUGUACACUUCAGCCCAUUCGGACACCAGCCAUAA